GAUUUUGUCAUUCUUCGCUCGCACCUCACAAACGAUCGACGUCUUGGUUUCAGUCUCGGGGAUUAUGACUUGAAACAGUUUGAAAAUAGAUAUUUUUUAAAAGAAUAUACAUAUAUCUAUAUCUAAACGCACCACACGGUACAGAUAUAUGUAUACGUUCGCAGCCAUUUCGUUCGCCUAGAGUCCUGCACAUACGCAAAUAUAUAUAGAACGUCGAAAGGAUAACGCAAUUUCGACAAUUUAAAGAAGCGACCAAAGAGAGAUAAAUAUAUAUAGAAGUAUAUCAAGUGAAGAAGCAAAUCAAAGAAAUAGUGAUCGCGAGGUGUUCAAUUCUACAGUGCAGUUCAUUCUGCAGCGAUUUGGUUGUCAUUUUAAAUGAUAUAUAGUGAUAUAUAACGCAGCAAAAUGCAACGACAAAAUCCGAACCCGUACCAGCAGCAGCAGCAGCAGCAGCAGCAGCAGCAGCAUCAGCAGCAGCAGGUGCAGCAGUACUCCACCCAGGAGUACUCGCACUCCAGCCAGGAGCAGCACCAGCAGCAAAGGAUUAGCCGCACCGAGCAGCACGUCCAGCGCAGCCAAUUUACCACCCAGCGGCAAGUGCAACAAGUUCAAGGUGGCAGCAUCGGAGGUAGCGCCUACGUGCCGCCCUCGCUGACACACGUGUAUGCCCAGGGCGACAUCUCGCCGCCCGUCUUCGAGCAGAUCUUCAAGAACGCUCGCUUCGCCCAGGGCGGCAAUGCCCUGUUCGAGGGACGGCUGCGUGGCAACCCGAAGCCAUUCGUGACCUGGACCCGGAAAGGCGCACCCCUUCUCGAGUCGCAGAAGUUCCGGAUGAGCUACAACGAGGCCACCGGCGACGUGUCGCUUCUGAUCAAUCAGAUUGGACCCGGCGACGAGGGCGAGUACACGUGCACGGCCCGCAAUCAAUAUGGCGAGGCCAUCUGCAGCGUCUACAUUCAGCCGGAAGGAGCACCGAUGCCCGCCCUGCAGCCCAUUCAGAAUUUGGAGAAGAACAUCUACUCGAACGGGUAUUCGUACACCUCCAUUGAGGAGGAGUUCCGUGUGGACACCUUCGAGUAUCGGCUGUUGCGUGAGGUCUCGUUCCGUGAGGCCAUCACCCGUCGAUCUGGCUACGAGCAGGACACCCAGCUAUCGCAGGAGCUGGAUCGCAACCAGGGUCCUGCCCAGGCGCCGCAAAUCUCGCAGAAGCCGCGCAGCUCCAAGCUGAUCGAGGGAUCCGAUGCCGUGUUCACCGCACGCGUGGGUUCCAACCCGAAGCCACGACUAACCUGGUUCCAUAAUGGCCAGCGUUUGGUGGCUUCGCAGAAAUACGAGAUCUCCUACUCGAGUGGCGUGGCCACGUUGCGUGUGAAGAAUGCCACGGCUCGCGAUGGCGGUCAUUACACUCUGCUGGCCGAGAAUCUGCAGGGUUGCGUGGUUUCAUCCGCCGUGUUGGCCGUGGAACCCGCUGCGGAAACCGCCUACGAGCCGAAGCCCGUGGACGUGAUGGCCGAGCAGCUGGAGGCGGGCAAGGCAUUGCCACCUUCGUUUGUGAAGGCUUUCGGAGAUCGCGAAGUCACCGAGGGUCGCAUGACCCGCUUCGAUUGCCGUGUCACCGGCAAUCCCUAUCCCGAGGUCUUCUGGCUGAUCAAUGGCCGUCAAGUGCGCGACGAUGCCUCGCACAAGAUUCUGGUCAACGAGUCGGGCAGCCACUCGCUGAUGAUCACCAAUGUAACGCGAUUGGAUGCCGGAGCAGUCCAAUGUCUGGCCCGCAACAAGGCCAGUGAGGUGGCUAUCGAGGCGCAGUUAAAUGUGCUGGAAAAGGAGCAGGUUGUCGCACCACAAUUUGUCCAACGUUUCAGCACGAUGACUGUGCGCGAGGGUGAGCCGAUCACCAUGAGUGCCAAUGCCAUUGGAACUCCGCAGCCACGUAUCACCUGGCAGAAGGACGGCGUUCAGAUUUCGUCCACCGCCGAGCGUUUUGUGGGCAUCGAUGGUGGAGCCACCUGCCUGGAGAUUCCACGCGUCAAUGCCGGCGAUGCCGGCUGGUACCAGUGCACCGCCCAAAACAUCGCUGGAUCUACGGCCAACAGGGCCAGGCUUUAUGUCGAGGUUCCCAGGGAACAACCAAACUACGAGCAGCGUCGUCUCAAUCUCCCGAGACCAACGAAAGUCAUCGAGCCAGAACCAAUUCCUGGCCCUGAAAUCAUUUACCUGCGCCACGUUGAGCGCGCCAAACCCCAUCUGCGACCUGGUGAGGAGGAUCGCGUCUAUCCGCCACCUCAGUUUAUCAUCCCGCUGCAGAAUGUGCAGCAGACCGAAGGUGGCCGCGUCCACAUGGAGGCACGCAUCGAACCCGUCGGCGAUCCCACCAUGGUCGUCGAGUGGUAUCUCAAUGGACGUCCGCUGGCAGCCAGUGCCCGCGCUACAUCCGUCUUCAAGUUCGGCUUUAUUGCACUCGAUCUGCUGAGCAUCAUGGGCCACGACUCCGGAGAGUACAUGUGCCGGGUGAGCAACGCCAGUGGAGUGGCCGAAUCCCGUGCUAUUUUGUCCGUGGUGCAGCGCCCCUCCAUCGAGCAAUCGUCGCAGAACCCCAACAGUCUGCAGUACAUCAACCAGCUGGAGGAUUACUCGCGCUACCAGCGCCAGGAGAGCACCGAGGAGCAGCUCAAUCAGGCUCCGCAGUUCAUUCGCCCACUCCGUGAUCUCGGAGAGUUCGAGGAGGGCAAGAAUGUGCACUUUGAGGCUCAGGUUACACCUGUAAACGAUCCCUCCAUGCGAGUGGAGUGGUACAAGGAUGGACUGCCCAUUACGGCCAGCUCCCGCAUCACCGCCAUUUUCAACUUCGGCUAUGUCUCCCUCAACAUCUUGCACCUGAGGGCCGAAGAUGCUGGCACUUAUACCGUGCGGGCGGUGAAUCGUAUUGGAGAGGCCAUCAGUCAGUCCACAAUCCGUGUUCAUUCACGCUCCCAAGUCACUGCUGAUCUGGGUAUUCCCGAGCAGCAGCGUUAUAUCGAGAAGGUGGAGGAACUUGAAGACUAUCGCAAGUCCCAGCAACGUCGUCAUGUUCAGGAGGCUGCCGAGGCAAUUGCCCCGCCGCAGUUUAAGACACCCAUCCAAAACCAGUUGGAUCUGCGUGAGCACGCGCAUGCGCACUUUGAGGCGAGACUCGAACCCAUCGGAGACUCCACCAUGCGCGUGGAGUGGCUGAAGGAUGGACAGCCUCUGGAGGCCAGUUCCAGGAUCACCACCUACCACAACUUUGGCUAUGUGGCGCUGACCAUUAAGCAGCUGACCAUCUAUGAUGCCGGCAUCUACACCUGCCGUGCCUACAAUGCCAUGGGUCAGGAUACCACCGUGGCCCAGCUGACUGUGAUCUCCAAGAACGAAAUCGUCUCGGAGUCCCAGCACCCGGGCGGUCUGCAAAAGAUCCAGCAUCUGGAGGACUCAUCUCGCUACGGACGUCGUGAGGAGGAGGAGACCUACAUCACUCAGGCUCCCCGAUUCCUUGGUCCCCUGAAGGGUACCACCAAAAUCCUUGAGGGACAGCGUGCUCACUUUGAAGCCCGUGUCGAACCUCAGAGCGAUUUGGGUCUGGUGAUCGAGUGGUACCACAAUGGUCGCUCUAUCACCGCUGCUAAUCGCAUCCAGACCUACUACGACUUUGGCUAUGUUGCCUUGGAUAUUUCCCAAGUGCGCGCCGAAGACGCUGGCGUCUAUCUCGUAGUGGCCAGGAAUAAGCUAGGUGAAGCUCAGCAGCAAGCAACGAUGAUAGUGGAAACUCGUUCCAGUAUCGACACAUCUAGCAUGCACCGUGGCCUGUACGAGAAGACCCAGAACCUGGAGAACAAGCCAUUCGUGGAGCCUCAAUAUGACAUCGAGGAGAUCUCCAAGUCCAAGCCGGUGUUUGUGACACCCUUGAGCGAUCCCAAGCCUAUCCAUGAUGGCAAGAACAUCCAUCUGGAGUGUCGCCUAGAACCAAUGGGUGAUCCCACCAUGCGCGUCGAGUGGUUCCACAACGGACGCCCCGUAACUGUGGGUUCCCGCUUCCGCACCUACUAUGACUUUGGCUUUGUGGCCCUGGACAUUAUCAAGGCCACGGCCGCAGAUUCUGGGGAGUACACGGUGAGGGCCACCAACCAUUUGGGUUCGGCCCACACUUCAGCAUGCGUGCGUGUGAUUGAUCACACGGAUGUUGUGACCGAGACCCAGAACGAACAAUCACUCGAGCAGAUCCAACUGCUCGAGGAUUCUAGGCGCCGCCAUCACCAUGAGGAGGAUAUCACCAUCAUGCAAGCACCCCAGUUUACCAGAGGUCUGCACAACAUCGAAACCAUUGAGGGCACCAAUGUGCACUUGGAGUGCCGUCUACAACCUGUGGGAGAUCCCAGCAUGCGCAUCGAGUGGUUCGUCAAUGGAAAACCUGUUAAGACAGGCCACCGUUUCCGUCCCGCUUAUGAGUUCGAUUAUGUAGCCCUGGAUCUGCUUGGCUGCUAUGCCAUCGAUUCUGGUGUCUACACCUGCCAGGCCAGAAACCAACUGGGUGAAGCCGUCACCUCUUGUUCCGUGCGCAUCAUCGCCAAGAAUGAUCUGAUUUUGGAGACACAGAACGAGUCGGGUCUGCAGAAGAUUCAAUACUUGGAGGAUUCGACCCGUCAUCGCCGCAGCGAGUUCGUGGACGAGGUAGUCAACAUUCGUCCGCGAUUCCUCACCCAUCCCAAGAGCUUGACCAAUACCCGCGAGGGUGGUCACGCCCACUUCGAGUGCAAGAUCGAGCCGGUAACUGAUCCCAAUCUUAAGGUGGAAUGGUUUAAGAACGGUCGCCCCAUCACCGUGGGUCACCGCUUCCGUCCCAUCCACGACUUCGGCUAUGUGGCUUUGGACAUUGUGCACUUGAUUGCUGAGGAUUCGGGUGUGUACACUUGCAGGGCCGUAAACCUAAUCGGCUCUGAUGAAACACAAGUGGAAUUGCAAUGCCGUAGCGGUGAGCAGAUUGUUACUGUCACCCAAAACGAGGCUGGCCUGGAGCAGAUCCACUACCUGGAGGAUCGCUCGCGCUACACCCGCCGUGAGGAAAUCGAUGAGAGCACUAAGCAGGCUCCGGUGUUCACGACUUCGCUGAAGAACGUUGAGAUCAAGGAGAACCAGAGGGCUCAUUUCGAGUGCCGUCUGAUUCCCGUUUCCGAUCCGUCCAUGCGCGUGGAGUGGUACCACAACAAUUUGCCGCUGAAGUCUGGUUCUCGUUUCACUGAGACCAAUAACUUUGGCUUUGUGGCCUUGGAUAUUAUGUCCACCCUCCCAGAAGAUGCCGGCACUUACACAUGCCGUGCUUUCAAUGCCGUGGGUGAGGCCAUCACCUCCGCUGUGGCAGUUGUGCACACCAAGAAGUCCAUCUAUCUGGAGUCUCAGCACGAGACCGCUUUGCCUCGUCUGCAGCAUUUGGAGGAUGGCUCCAAGCGUCAGCGAAUCAGCGUUCAGGAGGAAUUCGUGUCCCAGGCACCUGUCUUCACCAUGCCGGUGAGGGAUGUCCGUGUGGCUGAGAACCAGGCGGUGCACUUUGAGGCUCGCUUGAUUCCAGUGGGAGAUCCCAACUUGAAGGUGGAAUGGCUGCGCAAUGGUCAACCCAUUGAAGCUUCCAAUCGCACCACCACCAUGCACGACUUUGGAUAUGUUGCUCUGAACAUGAAGUAUGUGAAUCCCGAGGACUCCGGCACCUACACCUGCCGCGCUGUCAACGAACUCGGUCAGGCGGUGACCUCCGCCUCGCUCAUUGUUCAAUCGAAGACGUCCAUUCAGCUGGAGACCCAACACGAAGCUGCCAUGCACAAGAUCCACCAGCUGGAGGAUCACAGCAGGUACCAGCGCAGGGAGGAGGAAGAGUACACGGUGACCACCGCCCCAGUGUUUGUUACCAAGUUGAUUGGACCAAGCAAUUUGGUUGAGGGACAGAGUGCCCACUACGAGUGCCGCAUUGAACCCUAUCCGGAUCCCAAUCUUAAGGUGGAGUGGUUCCAUAACGGCAAACCUUUGAGCACUGGUCAUCGCUUCCGUACCACCUACGACUUUGGAUUUGCCGCCCUGGACAUUCUGACUGUCUACGCGGAGGAUAGUGGCGAGUACACUUGCCGAGUGACCAACAAUUUGGGCGAGGCCGUCAACUCCAUUGUUUUGAACGUGACUUCGCGCUCAUCUAUCAUCCAUGAGACCCAGCAUGAGGAGGCACUGACCAAGAUCCAGCAUCUGGAAGAUACUUCGCGUUUCCAGAGGAAGACCGACGAGGAGCAGUUCCAUGCUGAACGGCCGCAGUUUGGACGUCCAUUACGUAAUGCCAAGGUCAACGAGGGAACUCCCGUCCAUCUGGAGGCCACUUUGAUCCCCGUUAAUGAUCCCACCAUGAAGGUGGAGUGGUACUGCAACGGUAGACCCAUACAGACUGGUCACCGCUUUAAGACCACCUACGAUUUUGGCUUCGUGGCGUUGGAUAUUCUGUAUGCCCAUGCCGAGGACACCGGCACCUACAUGUGCAAGGCCAAGAACGCCAUUGGAGAAGCUGUCACGACUUGUGCUGUAAACGUAACAGCAAACAAGACACUCGACCUGGACACCUUGGAUGCUCAGCGCUUGGAGAAGAUUCGCCAGCUGGAGAGCUAUGCGCCUCCCACUAAAGCCGUGGUGGAGGAGAAGGGCCAGAAGCCCAUUUUCCUGACUCCGCUGAGCAACCUGGAACAUCUGAAGGAGGGCGAACACGGCCACUUGGAGUGCCGAGUGGAACCGAUCAACGACCCCAACCUAAAGAUCGAGUGGUUCUGCAAUGGAAAGCAACUGCCCACCGGUCAUAGAUACCGCACCACCCACGAUUUCGGCUACGUUGCUUUGGACAUCUUGUAUGUCUAUGGCGAGGAUACCGGCACCUACAUUUGCAAGGCCACCAAUCAACUGGGUGAGGCUGUAAAUACCUGCAAUGUGCGCGUGUUGAACCGUCGCAGCAUGAUCCUGGACACCCAGCAUCCCGAUGCUUUGGAGAAGAUCCAGAAGCUGGAGUCGAAGGUGCCGAAUGCCCGUACUGAGGUUGGAGACACUCCCAUUAGUCCACCUCAUUUCACCGCUGAACUCCGUGGUUCUACCGAAAUCUACGAAGGCCAGACGGCCCACUUUGAGGCCCAGGUCGCUCCAGUUCACGAUCCCAACUUGCGCAUUGAAUUCUAUCACAAUGGCAAGCCCUUGCCUUCUGCCUCUCGCUUUCACAUCACUUUCGAUUUUGGAUAUGUGUCCCUGGACAUCACCCACGCUGUGGCCGAAGACGCCGGAGAAUAUUCCGUGCGUGCUGUUAACGCUUUGGGUCAGGCUGCAUCAUCCACUAAUCUGCGUGUGAUUCCGCGUGGUACCAUCAUUUCGGACACCCAGCAUCCCGAGGGUCUGGAGAAGAUCCGCAAGCUGGAGUCGAUGGCGCCUCAUCAGCGCCAGGAGCCUGAGACCCCUGGCACUCGUCAGCGUCCGGUGUUCACUCAACCACUUCAGAACAUCGAUAGGAUCAAUGAGCACCAGACGGCUCACUUCGAGGCGCGCUUGAUUCCCGUGGGUGACCCCAACCUAAAGGUGGAAUGGUACCGCAACGAGAAGGUCAUCGAGGAUAGUUCCCGUAUCACCAAGCAGCACGACUUUGGUUUUGUGUCGCUUGAUAUCUCGCACAUCCGCAAGGAGGAUGAGGGCGUGUACAUGUGCCGCGCUGUCAAUCCUCUGGGAGAGGCUGUAACCACCGCUUCCAUGCGUGUGGUAUCUGAGGCCAGCAUCCAGAUGGAUACCCAACAUCCGGACAGCAUCAGUCGCAUUCACCAGUUGGAGAAACCUGUGGCUCCGCGUCCCAGCGAGCCAGAGCGUCUUUUUGAGAAGCCCAUCUUUACCCAGCUGCUCACUGGACCUUCAGAGCUGUGGGAGGGUACUCAUGCCCACUUCGAAGCACGUGUUGUGCCCGUGGGUGAUCCUUCGCUUAAAUUUGAGUGGUUCAUCAACGGCGUUGAACUGCAAAUGGGCUCUCGACUGCGCACCACUCACGACUUUGGCUUUGUCACUUUGGACAUUACUGCGGUGGUGCCCGAGGAUGCCGGUGUCUACAUGUGCCGUGCUUAUAAUGCCGCUGGUGAGGCUGUUUCCUCCACUGCCAUGAAGGUUAAGACCAAGUCUAAUAUCGAUGGUCAACCUUUGAUCCCGGAGUCUUGGGAGGCUAUUCGUCUGAAGGAGGCUGCCAUGAACCGUGUGCCAGAGAUGUUUGUGGAUUCGACUCCUCAGCAGGCUCCGGUCUUCACCACCCAUCUGCAGAGCUACGACAAGCUGCAUGAGGGUCAACAUGUCCUCUUGGAAGCCCAAGUGGAGCCUCGUGCGGAUCCUAACCUCCGCAUUGAGUGGUUCAAGAAUGGUAUUUCUCUGACCACUGGCUCCCGCAUCCGCAGCACCUUCGACUUUGGACUGGUUACUCUUUCCAUCAACGGAUUGCGUGCGGAUGAUUCGGCUAUUUACACCUGCAAGGCCACCAACCAGGUGGGCGAAGCAGUUUCGACUUCCUCUCUCAAAAUCGAAGAUCGUCACUGGCUUCAGGCCGAAUCUUUGCAUCCGGAUUCGUUGCCUCGUAUUGGAGAGCUGGAGGCACCCAAGGAGGGACGUCCAGAAGCUCCGGAGCCUACUUACGAAACUCCGGUGUUCAUUACCCAUCUGAACAACAUCGAGUGCAAGGAAAGCGACAACGUGCGCUUUGAAUGCAAUGUUGAGCCAGCUCGUGAUCCCACUAUGUCUAUCGAAUGGUUCUACAAUGGACAGCCACUGCAGGCUGCUGCCAAGUUUAAGUCCAUCUACGACUUUGGCUAUUGCGCUUUGGAUCUGACCAACUCUUAUGCUGAGAACAGCGGUGUGUACACCUGCAAGGCCACCAACAGCAAGGGAUCUGCAACGACCUCGGGCACCCUUAAGUGCACUGGCGGAAAGACCAUGUUCCUGGACACGCAGCAUCCGCAGGGUGAGGCAGGUCUUGAGGCCGUUCAAGAAACUGAGGAGGAGCUGGCCAAUCGCUAUACCAGCAAGUCCACCAAGCCCGAAACGCAGUACCCACCACCAGUAUGGACUAAGCCACUGCAAGCUGAAUUUCAUCUGUCGGAGGCUCAACCCAUCCAUCUGGAAGCCAACGUGGAACCCAAGGAGGAUCCCAACUUGUUCAUCGAGUGGUACUUCAACGGCAAGAUGCUGCAGCAUGGCUCUCGUUUCAAGAUGACCAGCGAAUUCGGCUUUGUUACCAUGGACAUGAUUGAGGUUUAUGCUCGCGAUCAGGGCAUCUACACUUGCAAGGCUUAUAACAAGGCUGGAGAGGCCUUUACCUCGACUACCAUCUUCUGCUCGAGCAAGGAGAGCAUCAUCGAGUCUACCCAGCACCCGAAGGGAGCCGAGGGCUUGGAACAGAUCCAGGACCUGGAGGACUCUCUUCGCAAGGAUGGCUCAAAGCCGGAGCAACCCGAUCUGGGUAUCCCACCACGCUUCACCACCGAGUUCGUUAACAUCGCCGACAUCGGUGAGGGUGAAUUGGCUCACUUUGAGGCCAAUCUUAUUCCUGUUGGAGAUCAGAGCAUGAUCAUCGAGUGGUUCUACAAUGGCAAGGUGCUGGAAGCCAGCCAUCGUGUGCGUACCAUCUACGCUUUUGGCACGGUCGCUUUGGAGGUUCUUGGCACUAAGAUCGAGGACACCGGCACCUACACUUGCCGUGCGACCAACAAGCAUGGAACUGCUGAGAUCAGCUGCAACCUGGAGUGCGUCGACAAGCCGAGGGGACAGAAGCCGCGUUUCACCUCCCACAUCCAGCCGCUGCAGGGCCUGAAGGACGGUCAGUCCGCUCACUUUGAGUGCACUCUGAUCCCAGUCAACGAUCCGGAACUGAAGGUGGAGUGGUAUCACAACGGCAAGCUGAUGCGUCACUCCAACCGCAUCAAGACCGUAUCCGACUUUGGUUACGUCGUCUUGGAUAUUUCCUAUCUGCAGGAUCAUGACAGUGGAGAGUAUGUGUGCAGGGCUUGGAACAAGUACGGUGAGGACUUUACCCGCACCACCCUCAAUUGUGGAGGACGUGGUGGAGUAUUCUACGACAGUUUGCAGCCGGAUUCGUUACAGAGGAUCAGGGAGCUAGAGUGCCCACAAGGAAAGCAGGCAGACACUUCCGCUCCUCUGGUUGCUGAACCACCCAAGUUCAUUACCCAGAUCGUCGAUGUCACCAAGCUUGUGGAGGGACAGUCUGCUCACUUUGAAGCGCGUUUGACUCCAAUUACCGAUCCCGAUUUGGUAGUGGAAUGGUACUUCAAUGGCAAGAAACUGCCACACGGUCACCGCUUCCGCACUUUCCACGACUUUGGAAUCGUCAUCUUGGACAUCCUGUACUGCUACGAGGAGAACUCCGGAGUGUACGAGGCCAGGGCUUAUAACAAGUACGGUGAGGACACAACACGUGCCUCGCUUAAGUGCGCCUCGAAGGCAAGCCUUAUUCUGGACUCCCAGCUGCCGCGAGGCAUGGAGGGUGGUCUAGAGAAGAUCGCCAACUUGGAGUACAGCAUGGUGCGCACUCGCGAAGAGACCACCGAAGAGAUGAAGGGCAAGGCUCCUGUCUUUACUGUACCGCUGGAGAACAUCGACAAUCUGCGCGAGGGUGAGAAUGCUCACUUUGAGGCUAGGAUCACUCCUGCCGAUGAUCCCAAGCUGAAGGUCGAGUGGUACUGGAACGGACGUCCAUUGAAGGCCGGUUCCCGAUUCCGUACUUUCUGCGACUUUGGUUUCGUCAUUCUGGAGAUUUCUCCCGUUUACCCUGAAGAUUCUGGCGAGUACUCUUGUCGUGCAAUCAACGAAUACGGUGAGGCUGUGACCACUGCCACCAUGAAGAUCCAGGGCAAGCGCAGCAUCAUCAUGGAAUCUCAGUUGCCUAAGGGAAUGGAGGGAACAAUCGAUCGCAUUGCUGAACUGGAGGGUUUGGGCUCCCGCAGCACCGAAUUUGUGCCAGAUGAUGAUACUGGCAAGCCGCCAGAGUUCAUCACAACACCCUUCGACAUGGUUAUUGGGGAGAACGCGUUGGCUCACUUUGAGUGCCGCCUGCAGCCGAUCAACGAUCCAUCGAUGCGUGUGGAUUGGUUCCACAACGGCAAGGCCUUGUGGGCUGGCUCCCGUAUCAAGACCAUCAACGAUUUUGGCUUCGUGAUCCUUGAGAUCGCCGGUUGUUAUCAACGCGAUUCGGGAUUGUACACUUGCAAGGCUACGAACAAACAUGGCGAGGCUACGGUCUCUUGUAAGUUGCAGGUCAAGGGUCGCCAGGGCAUCGUCAUGGAGCCCCAGCUGCCUUCCAACUUCCGCACUGGCACUGAAAGCUUGCAGAAACUGGAGGAGAGCAUGCACAAACGUGAGGAGCUUGUGAUCGAUGAGGAGCAGCCCAAUCCACCAAAGUUCACCGAGGACAUCAAGGACAAUCUGGAUGUUCCCGAGGGUGGUCCAGUCCACUUUGAUUGCCGUGUAGAGCCUGUGGGCGAUCCCACCAUGCGUAUUGAGUGGUUCUACAACGGUCAUGUCAUGGCCACUGGGUCAAGGGUCCACCAGCUUAAUGACUUUGGUUUUAUUGCUUUGGAUGUUGACUACAUCUAUGCCAGGGAUUCAGGAGAGUAUACUUGUCGGGCUACCAACAAGUGGGGCACUGCCACCACAACUGCCAAGGUCACCUGCAAAGGCAAGCACAAUAUUGUGUACGAGUCGCAACUGCCCGAGGGCAUGACCUCCGAAAAGUUGAAGGAGCUGGAACGCGGUCGCAUCCCAGAGGCCCCGAAGGUGGUUGAAGAGGAGUUUGGACCACCAAAGUUCACCACGCAGAUCACUUCUGUGACUGUCGAUGAAGCCGAGGCCGUGCGAUUCGAGUGCCAGGUGGAACCCAAGACCGAUCCCAGUCUGCGUGUGGAAUGGUAUCGCAAUGGCAAGCCCCUGCCCUCUGGACAUCGUUACAGGAACAUCUUCGACAUGGGCUUUGUUUCUCUGGACAUUCUGUAUGUCUAUGGAGAGGACUCCGGAGAGUACGUGUGCCGUGCCAUUAACAACCAUGGCGAAGAUCGCACGAGGGCCACUGUUUCCUGCAAGAAGCUUCCCACAAUUUUGCUGCAGAACCAAGUACCUCGCGGCAUGAAGCGUUCGGACGCACUGACCCAAAUGGAGGCCACCAUCAAGAAAUAUACCUCCGAGGUCCACUUGACCGAGGACGAUCUCUUCGAUCCCGAUCGCAAGCAGCCUCCUCGCUUUGUCACCCAGAUCAAGGAACAACUCACUCUUACCGAGAUGGCCGUGACCAAAUUCGAAUGCCAGCUGGCUCCUGUGGGAGAUCCCAACAUGAAGGUGGAAUGGUUCUUCAAUGGCAAACCCUUGCUGCAUAAGAACCGCUUCCAGCCCAUCUAUGAUUUCGGUUAUGUGGCCAUGAACUUUGGCUGGGUUUACCCCGAGGACAGUGGAGAGUACGUGUGCCGUGCCACCAACUUGUAUGGCAAGGAUGAGACUCGUGCCUUCAUUAAGGUUUCUGGCAAGCCAGGCAUUGUCUACGAUUCCCAGCUGCCCGCUCACAUGCAGAGCAUUGACCGCAUUCGUGAAAUGGAAGCUUCAUGGCAAGUGGUGCCAGAUGAGGUUGAUCCCGAUGCCAAGCCCAGAACCAAGCCGGUCUUUGUGAGCAAACUGGAGCCCCAGACUGUGGAGGAGGGCGAUCCAGCUAGAUUCUGUGUCCGUGUCACUGGACACCCACGACCCAGGGUUAUGUGGCUGAUCAAUGGACAUACUGUUGUACAUGGUUCUCGCUACAAGCUGACCAACGAUGGCAUGUUCCAUCUAGAUGUCCCGAAGACCCGUCAGUAUGAUACCGGCAAGGUGGAAGUGAUUGCCCGUAACUCUGUGGGCGAAUCCAUUGCCACCACUGAACUGAAGGUUGUUGCCCGUUCGGACGAUUAUCGUAAUGUGCUGAAGAAUUCGCCACGUCCGUGGUAUGAUUACGAACUAGCCGCCUAUCAGAAGGAGCGACAGGAGAAUGAACUAGAGAAGGUGUUCGACGAGCGUAAGCAGGUUCUUUCCGAGCAGAGCUCUCACACCCUGAAGGGCGUCGAGCAUCUGAAGCCCAAGCAAUACAAGCCACCCACGCCCGACUGGCAGCAAAAUGUCAAGGCCAAGAAGAGCGAGGAGUACUACAACAAGUUGCAAUCACUGGAAACAGAGCAGUUGCUGAAGGAGACCAACCUGCGUAGGGAUAACCAUCAGUAUGCUAUUCCCGGCGAGAAGGUCGUGAGCAGCUCACAGGCAAAGGGAAUGGCCCAAUCUUAUGAGGAAAAUCUUCAAGAGAAAACAAGCACCACUCAGGUGGUGGCUGCUCCACCCAAGGGCACCGCCGAUCCUUCAGAAUCUUCUGUUCACGGUCGCGAGGUUCAUAUGAACAAGCAGCAGCAGGUGCAGAAGGAGAUCCAGGGUGACCUUGAGAUCACCCGCAAGAUCACCGCCACCGAGACCACCGAGGUGGAGCACAAGGGCACCAUUCAGGAGCGCGUUGUCCAGGGACCUGUGAAACCGUCCAAGGCUCCAGUCUUCACCAAGAAGAUUCAGCCCUGCCGCGUCUUUGAAAACGAACAGGCCAAAUUCGAGGUGGAAUUCGAUGGCGAACCAAAUCCCACUGUUAAAUGGUACCGUGAGAGCUUCCCCAUUCAAAAUUCCCCGGAUUUGCAGAUCCACACCUUUAGCGGAAAGUCGAUUCUGAUUAUCCGCCAGGUGUUUGUCGAGGAUUCGGCCGUGUUCUCGUGUGUGGCCGAAAAUCGUGGAGGAACCGCCAAGUGCAGUGCCAAUCUGGUGGUCGAGGAACGUCGUCGUGCCGGAAAGGGUGGCAUUCAGCCUCCCAGCUUUGUGACCACCAUCCAGAGCACCACAGUGGCCACCGGACAAUUGGCUCGCUUCGAUGCCAAGGUUACCGGCACUCGUCCUUUGGAUGUUUACUGGCUUAAGAACGGCAUGAAGAUUCAGCCGAGCAUCAAAUUCAAGAUGUUGGAAGAGGAUAGUGUUCACACACUGCUCAUCAUCGAACCCUUCGCCGAGGAUUCCGGUCGCUACGAGUGUGUGGCUGUGAAUGCCGCCGGCGAGGCUCGUUGCGAUGGAGAUUGCAUUGUGCAAUCUCCAACCAAGCCGGAGAAACCAACCACUCCGGGCAGCGAGAAGGCCCCACAUAUUGUGGAGCAGCUGAAGAGCCAGUCAGUGGAGGAGGGCAGCAAGGUUAUCUUCCGUUGCCGCGUGGAUGGCAAACCUACUCCCACCGCCCGCUGGAUGCGAGGUGAGAACUUUGUGAAGCCAUCGCGCUACUUCCAGAUGAGCCGUCAAGGCGAGUACUACCAGCUGGUCAUCUCGGAAGCCUUCCCCGAAGACGAGGGCACCUACAAGUGUGUGGCCGAGAACAAACUGGGCAGCAUUCAGACCAGCGCUCAGCUGAAGGUUCGUCCCAUCGAGAACCUAGACGCCCCGCCCACCAUCACCGCUCUCAAGGAUGUCUCUGUCACCGAGGGCAUGCCCGCCCAAUUUAAGACGACGGUGACCGGCAAAGUGAAGGCCACCAGUGUCCAGUGGUUCCGUGAGGGUCAGCUGAUCCCCGAAACACCAGAUUUCCAGAUGAUCUUCGAUGGCAACAGCGCUGUGCUUCUUAUUGGCACCACCUACGAGGAGGAUUCGGGCAUCUUUACUGUACGUGUAACCUCGUCCACCGGCCAGGUCGAAUCCUCAGCCAAACUGACUGUUAAAAAACGUCGCAUCUCGGCCUUUCAAUUGCGAACAAUUGAUUCCGCCGAGGAUGAGUCCUCAUCCUCUGGCCGGGAGGACAGUGCUCCCGAGUCGCCCCACGCUUUCCAACCUGGCCAGCAACCCGGCCAGCAGUUUGGUCAAUUCCUGGGCGUCAACGGGCAGGGUCAACAUCAGGGCAGGUCGCGCCAGAAGAAACCCAAGGUGCGCAGUAAGUCACUGCAGCCAGCAACGAAGGUAAUUCCGUGGCGUAAAUCAUCACGUCCUACUCGUGGACGAUCUUUGGAUAAGGGAGUUUUCCUGCCAGGCUUUAAGCCUGAGCCGGUCAAAUCGUGGACCGAGGAGACAAUUAGCUUGAAGGCUACGCCAAUCGAAAAGAAAAAGCCGACACCCAAAUUGGAGGCAGCUACUGUUGUACUGAAGUCCAUUAAGAGUGAACGCGAUCAGGGCAUAAUGAGUUUGGGCGCUACGCUGGAGCAGAUUAUUGCUGGAAAGACGGAAAAGGAAGCGGUUCCUUGGAUCACCAUGCGAGAAAAGCUAAAGGCAGUGGAGAGUGUUCAAGAGCAGCUUAACAAGUUCGAUUUGGAUGAAGUCUAUCUGCGACCCCUUGAGGGUCAAAUCGAAACAGAUGAGCAGCUACCGCAGCAGGCUCAAGUGGAACAGGUACAGCGCACCAAGGAAAUCCAGCGACUGAAGAGCAUGGAGAGUGUUGAGAUUAUGGAGAUGACUGACCAGAUCGACAAGCUGAUCACCCAGCAGCAAAACGCCAAGGAUCUUAUCCCCUGGAAGGAGAUGCGCCAGCAGCUUAAGAGUGUCCAGAAGGUGACAAAGCAAAUCGACAAGUUCAAGAUUGAGGAAGUUGAGUUGCGACACCUGCAAGCUCAGCAGGUUAUAACUGAGGAGUUCCAAACGGGCACAGCCGAGCAGACUGUCGUCUUGAUUGACGAGAGCUCCAAGGGUUCGAUCUCAAAGGUGAUGCGUCGCGAUGAGCUGCAGCAAUACGAAGAUCAGUCCAACAUCUAUAAGCAGCAGUUUAUCACCACCGAGGAUGUGAACAUUAUGCAUGUUUCGGAGCGCGAGAAACUAGAAGCCCAGAGAUUGAUACGAGAACAGCAGGCAGUCAAUUGGCGCCAACAGCAGCAGCGCCCACAACUGCAGCCCUUGACAUCAGUUGAAGAUACGAUCAUCUCGCAGACUAUCGAUAGACAAAAGUUGGUGCAACAACAGAGCCUCAUUGAGGAGGCUCAGCGCCAGCUGUUUGUGCAGGUUGAGGAUUCGCAGAUGAUGAGUCUGGAGCAGUACGAGCACCAAAAGAUGGUCAACCAGCGCACCCAGCAAGAGGCCCUUAGCUGGCGUCAGCCACGAGAGCCCCAAAAGUUUAUCCAGGUGGAGGACACAUCGUUGCUUCAUUUGCAGGAACGUCAGGAUACGCAAGAGCAGCAAUUGCUGCAGCAACAGCCUGUGAUGUGGGAUCGUGGUAGGAAGAAGCCGGAACAACCUGAAUAUGUGCAACCUCAGACGGCGUCCGCUCAGGAAGAAUACGUCGAGAAGCCAAGAACGUACGAGGAAAUGCACGACGUGCUUAUUGAAACCACUCCAGUUCAGCAACCCCAACCCGCUCCAGUUUUGUGGGAGCGAGGCAAGAAGAAACCCCAGCCGCAGGAAAAGACCUACGAAGAGGCCCACGACGAGUUGGUUGAACCCAUUCCCGUUCAACAACCGGAACCGGUGCCAGUCCUGUGGGAACGCGGCAAGAAAAAGGUGGCUCAGCAGGAGGAAACCAUCACAUCCCAGGAAGUUGUACAUACUUCACAAGUGGUCGAACAGCAGAUCGUUGAGGAAACAAAGAAGGUCGCUGUUCGCCGAGUAAUUCCACCAAGGGAACCGGAACAGAAGGUGGAACAAGUGACAUUGAGGCCAACGCCACGUCCACGACCUAAGGAAGCACAAAAGACCGAAGAGAUCCAACUGAAGCCGUUUAGAAGCAGCAGACCCGUUGAAAAAGCUGUGCAGCAGCAGCCUACGCAGAAAGCUUACGAAGAAGCCACUGAUGAGCUACCAGAAGAACCUAUUCCUCAAGUGCAAGAUCAACCGGAACCUGUCUUGUGGGAGCGUGGCAAGAAGAAGUCACAGAAGCCCGAAGAGCAAGCACCAGAGAUUCCAAAGACUCUCGAGAUUGCUGUCGACACGCUUGAAGAAGAAGUAGUUAAGCCCACUGAACCUCAACCGCAGCCUGUUUUGUGGGAACGCGGUAAGAAGGUGAAGCCGGAACAACAGAAAGUUGUCGAGGAAGCACCAAAAACCCUAGAGGUUGCAGUCGAUACUCUGGAAGAGGAGGUGGCUAAGCCCGUUGAACCUGAAGCACAACCUGUGUUGUGGGAACGCGGCAAGAAAAAGAAGCCGCAACCACAAGAAGUUUUCGAAGAGAAGGUUGAUGAGGGCAAGACCUACGAAGAGGCGGUCGAUGUACUGCCUGAGGAGCCUAAGGUGGAGGACAAGCCAGAGCCUGUCUUGUGGCAACGGGGCAAGAAGAAGGCUCCCAAGCCAGAGCCCGUUGAAGAAGUGCAUCAUGAUGAGGUCGAUGCUCAAAUAGAGGCAGUGGUUGAAGAAGAGCAGGUCGUUGUUGAAGAAAAGCGUCGGGUCAAGAAAACGAAGAAACCAAAACCAACGCAACAAGCUCCCGAGAAGGUGUUUGAAGAGCAGCCGGAUGAGGAAGUUGCUCCAGAAGAGGAAGAGCCUCAGGAAGAAAUUAUUGAAGUGCUCGAGGAAAUUUCUGAAGAAAAACGCAAGGUCAAGAAAACUAAGAAGCCUAAGCCAACACAGCAAGUUACCGAAGAAGAGAUAAUCGAUGAGCAACCUGAAGUUGUUGAAGAACAAGAAAAUGUUGUCGUUGAAGAAAAACGCAGGAUCAAAAAGGUCAAGAAGCCCAAGGCAGUGGUCGAAGAGGCUGAGCAGCCCGAAGAGGAAAUUUCACAGGAAGAGAUUGUAGAAGAGCAAGAAACGGUCGUUCAGGAUCAACAAGAGGUUGUUGAGGAAAAGAAAAAGGUUAAAAAAGUAAAGAAGCCCAAGCAAACCGUUGAAAAUACUGCUGUUGAGGAACAGCCUGUAGAGGAAAUUCCAGAAGAGGUCAUUGAAGAACCUGAAGAGGUCAUCGAAGAACAAGAAGAGGUCGUAGAACAAGAAGAAAUCUUGGAAGAGAAGAAAAAGGUUAAGAAGGCUAAGAAGCCGAAGAAGAUUUUAGAAGAGACCGUUUUGGAAGAUGAGCAACCAGAGGAAGCUCCUCAAGAAGAGCUAGUUGAAGAGCAAGAAGAAAUUGUGGAAGAACAACGCAAGGUGAAAAAGGUCAAGAAACCCAAAAAGAAGGUGACUGAAGAGGAGACGGAAGAGCUACCGAAAGAAGUUGAAAAGCCGGAAGUUGAAGUGGUUGAAGAAAUUGAGGAAACCGUUUCGGAAGAACCCAAAAAGCCGAAACCUGCUCCCAAAGCCCAAGAGGUUGAACAACUCGAAAAGGUUUCACUUAAGCCUGCUCCAAGGAAACAAAGGCCUUUGCCCGAGAAAGAACAAAUAGAGGAAGUCUCGCUGAAGCCAGUGAAAAAGACUGCAAUUGUUUCGGAGACCACACAACCCGAAACACCUGAAACGGAAUUCGAGGUAAAGGAGUUCGUAAUCACCACUGAAGACCAAAUAGUGGACGUUACGAAGAAGCGCGUUAAAAAGAAAAAGCCCAAGACAAAGAGUGCCAACGAAGAAUCAAUGGAAGAGCCGGUUGAAGAAAUCGAAGAGUUUGAGGAAGAGAAAACUCUGCAGGAAGAGGUGCAACCUGUUGAAGAAAUUUUGGAGGAACAACCUGUCGAGGAAGUUAUCCCCGAACAAAAAGUUGCACCCAAGCUGAAACCGAAAAAAGAAGAAAUUGUCGAGAAGGUUGAAGAGGUUGCCCUUAAGCGGGUUACAAGGCCAAAGAAAGAGCUGCCCCAAGAAGCGACCUUCGAGGAAGUGCGCCUAAAACCAACUCAACGCACAUCCAUCAAGCCCGAAGAAGUCAAGCUGGAGGAAGUGGACUUGCAGCAUGUCGAGCGAAAGGAGGAAGAAAUCAUUCAGGAGGAGAAGCGUAAGACCAAGAAGGUAAAGAAGCCAAAACACGAAGAUCUUCCCGAAAUUGCCGAUGCUGAGCCAACCCAAUUAGAAGAGGCUGAGCACAUUGACAUAGAAAAGGAGCCGAAACCCCAGGAGGAGCAACCUCAGGUGCCCUGGAAGCGAGGUGAAAAGAAGAAGCCGGUCGAAGAAAUCUUGGAGGAAAAGAAAAUGCCUUCAGGUAAACGCCGACCCUUGGCGGAAGAGCAGCCAGAGGAAGUUUCACUCAAGCCAAUUCCAAGGAAACCAGUAGAAGAGCCGCUGAAGCCAGAAAAAUCCAUACCUGGCCCACAACUUGUGCCCGAGGAAAAACCAGAAAUCGAAGAGGAGGAACUUGAGCUUGAACCAAUUAAGCUGCCUGAAGAUAGUCAGCCUAAGGAGCCGAAGGCUAAGAAGGAGAAAAAGAAGAAGCCCAAGCUGAAGAAGGCCACACCUUCAGUGGACGAGGUGUCCGAAGAAGUGGUUGAACCCUUCGAUGAACCCAUCGCUGAGGAAGAUCAAGUGGAAGAGUUGCCAGUAGACGAUGUCAAGGUUGUGGCAGUUUCUGAAGACGUACUGCCCGAAGAGGAAGUUGUGCCCACAGAGGAGACUCCCGAGGCAAAACAGAAGGCGCACAAGAAGCGCACGAAACGACUAAAGGAGGCCUCCAUCGAGGGCCAGCCCCAGCUACUGGAGGCGGCUAUUGCUGAAAUUGAAAAGGUGGACGAAAUAUCCCAGGAGAUCUCACAAAAGACUAUUACCCUACUAAAGAAGACUGAAGACACAAGACCUCAAUUCAUCACGACUGAACAGCUCAUUGAGCUGGAUGUGGAAGACGUGCGACGUGAUCUUGAGAUGAAGGUCACAUCGAACAUCAUUAAGAAGGAGAAGCGUCGCGUGGUGCUGGAUGACAGCCAACCGCUGCCUGAGCUGGAACUGAUCACGCAGAAGCGUAUCCAAGAAGGCAUUGAUAAGGUGGCCGACGAGGAGCUUAUCGAAGACCAGCAGCUUACGCAAAACCAGCAGGAGACGACCACCUCCGAAGUAAUCGGUCAGGAGCGCAAGCUUGUCAAGAAGAAGAAGAAGGAGAUCAAGCCACCGAGGAUUACCGAGAAAUUGCGUCCUCGACAAUGCGUUCCCGAGGAGCCAACGGUGCUGGAGUGCAAGGUUGAGGGUGUACCAUUCCCCGAGAUCAACUGGUACUUUAACGAUAUCCUGCUCUUUGCAUCGGAGAAGUAUGAGAUCACUGUGGUCGAACAGGUGGCCAAGUUGAAGAUCGCCAAGGUCACACCCAGCGAUGUUGGCGUCUAUACAUGUGAGGCCAAGAACGAGGCUGGAGUAGCAACGAGUCGUACCAACAUUAUUUUAGAAAAAGAACAAGGAGUUGCCCCACAGUUUACCAAACCACUAAAGAUUGAGUUUACUGAGGAGAAGCAGCCCGAGCGACUUAAAGUUACGGUUACCUGUCAAGUGACAGGAAAACCAAAUCCUCAGGUCAAAUGGUACAGAGGUAUUGAAGAGGUUAUUCCUAGCGAAACCGUGCAAGUGUUCUAUGAUGAGAAAACCGGCGAUGUGGCCCUGGAGGUUAUAAACCCCACUCCCAAUGAAGCUGUCAUCUACUCUGUUCAGGCGCAAAAUCAGUUUGGACGUGCCAUUGGCAAUGCCAAUAUCUUAAGUCGGGUUGAUGAAGUGCCUCGGGAGAUACUCAAGGCACCCACCGUUACUCCUCUUAGUGCCGUAGUUGUACCCACUGGAGGUACUCUGUUCUUUGAAGCCAAGUACGAAGGCCUACCGAGGCCAGAGAUCAAAUGGAUGCGCAAUGGUCGCGAGGUCAUUGAAAACGAGGAGACCAUCAUAGAAACCACCGAAACGACAACCACUAUUAAGGUUAUCAAUAUGACACGUAAACGCACUGGCAAGUACGAGGUUUGGGCCAAAAACAAGGUGGGCGAGGCCAAGUCUUCGGGAUCGGUGGUGGUUUCAGAUCAGAAGCCGGAUGAGCAAAUCAAACCACCACGAUUUAUUCAGCCCCUUGAGCCCAAAUACUUUGGCGAACAUGAAGUUGCCAUUAUUGAGGCAAUUGUGGAGUCUGAGCCGUUGUCGUCCUUCCAGUGGUUUGUUCACAAUGAGCCCAUCAAGAGCUCGAAUGAAGUACGCAUCGUUAGCCAGGCCAACAAGUCAACGUUGCUAAUUGAGGACUUCCAGAAACAAUUCGUCGGACCCUUUACUUGCCGGGCCGAGAAUGUGGGUGGUUCGGUGACAUCAACGGCCACCGUCAACCUAGUUGAGUCUCUGCCCCAAGAGGAGGCAGUCGAAUUCGAGUCGCCGCGAUUUGUUGAGGAACUCAUUCAGCCCGUGGAGGUAAUGGAUGGAGAGGCAUUGCUGCUGACCUGCCAAGUUACGGGCAAGCCCACGCCCAAAGUGGAGUGGUAUCACAAUGCGGAGAAGAUCACUGAAAACAAGGAAACUACGAUAUCGCAAGACUUGCAAGGCAAUUGCCAGCUGCAGAUUACGGAAGUUUUCCCCGAAAACGAGGGUCAAUACGAGUGCGUGGCCACAAACAAGAUUGGCAAGAGCUCGAGCAAGACAAACGUUAAAAUUCAAGCAUUUGAAUAUAUCCCCGAUUCUGAAAUCACUGGACUCACAGGAUCUGAGGAGGAUCUACUAGAUAGAACCCUCUCAAUCGACGAACAAGCACCGAAAAUAAUUAAAAAGCUACCAGAGAAAAUCGAGCCCAAAGAGGGUGAGCAAGCGAAGCUGGAAGUUAAGGUCAUUGGUAAACCAAAACCGAAGGUUAAAUGGCUGCGUGACGACGAGCAGAUAUUCGCUUCCGAGGAAUAUCAGAUCGAAAAUUUCGAAGACGGCACCUCAGUGUUGGUCAUUAACCACGUCUAUCCCGAUGAUUUGGGUACAAUUAGUUUCGAAGCAUACAAUCCACUGGGUGUAGCAGUAACCACGGCGCUCUUUGCGGUCGAAGGCAUCGUUGGAUCGAAGGAUUACCGCAAGCCGGAAUGGGUGACUCAGAUGGAGGAAAUGCAGGUGGCUCUCAAAGAAACAGCAACCACUAAAGUGGAAAAACAAUUCAUACAGCAACAACAAGAACAUGUGCAAAUACAAGAACAACAAGAACAAGUGCAGAUACAGGCUACGGCUGAACAAAUUGUGGUAAAGAAAACAAAAUCGAAAAAGCAUAAAAAACACAUUCAACAAGAACUAGAAGUAAACGAACAAACCGAAACACUUGCUCAUGAAACAAGCUCGGGAUCACCGCAGGCUGAAACUCUUGAGAACAUUGAAGAGCUUCUACCCACAUACGAGACACUAUCCUUGCAUAAUCUACCAAAAGACACGAUCGAAACCAUAGCAGUUGCAGUUACCUCAGAACUUUCUACUCCGAAACCGAUUCCAGCGCAGGUACAGGACGAAAUAUUACCCCAGAAGGUAUUAGCCAUCAGAGAGGAAUGUUUAGCACUCGACGAGGUUGGGGUACGAAUAGAGACCCCCAAACUCGAAGAAAUAAAGCUUAGCGAAAAGGUUGAAAUGAGGCAAAAGCAUGCAGUAAAUGUGACCGAAACGAAGACUGAUGAACUUUCAAAGGAAUUGAUGCCUUCUAAAAUUCCCAAAUCCGUGAAGGCCCAACGUAAGAUGAAAGAGUUACGUCCAUUUUUGGUUGAAGCUCCAAGUGUUGAAGAAGCUACCAAAGAUUUUAAGCCAAUAAAAACCGUUACUCAACAGGCUCGAGGUGACAUAUUGUUGUCGCAUGAGUUAAACGAGGAACAGCAACCUGCCCUGGAGAGCAUUGCACAGCUUAAGCCAAGUACAACAUUUAAGGAAACCGUUCAGCAGGAACUGCUAAAUCAAGAGGAGGUUAUUGUCACCGAAAUAAUAAGCAACGAAACGGUUGGCAGGUACAUCACUCAGGUAAAGCUUAUUGGAGAAAAAAUUGAUACACAAGUAACCCCCAACAUAAGUCUUGGCAUUAGCGAGUGCCAACCAGAGGACUCCUUAGGCGAACUGACACCAGCUGCCAAGGGACAUUCUGAGUCUUCUACGACAUCAGUAAUUCAACACAAGGCAAUUAGUGAAAGGGCAUUGGAAGUUUUUGAAAGCCUAGACCAAAUACCAAUGGAAAGUCAACCAACAAAGCGUCUAGCCGAUUUUACCAUUAGCACUGAGGAAGUUCCAGUUCAGGUGCAAGAAAUUAAACCUUUUGAGAAUCUAACAGACGGCGAAGUGACCAUAAAACCGACUAGAGAAAUUAAAGCUAUGGAAUUAUUUGAGUUGGCUGAGGGAAUAAUUAAUAUCACAACAGAUUCCCAGAGUCCAAUCGAUGAGACAUUGCCUACAUUUACGGCCAAUGUGAAAGAAGCCAGUUUGGAUAUGCAAACACAUUACCAUUUUAUUACUCAGGAAACAGUUUCAAACGAACAGACCUCAAGAGACUUGGAAGUGAGAGAUGUUCCAAAAUUGGCUGAGGGAACGCCGGUGCAAACGAGUGCGUUGACUAUUGGCGAAACGCAGGAGACUAACGCGGUAGAAAUGGCAAAUGAGCUUAUCGAACCACCUGUGGAAUCAUCAAAACCAGCGAAGGGCACCUUAACAAAAGCGUAUGGAACAGCAGAGAGUAGGGACGAGUCCCUUUUUGAUUCACUUAGUUUGGUGCCAGAUGAAGAUCGGAAAACAGCAAAGGGAAAAGUAAUAAUAUCUGAAGGUGAAAUCGUUGCCGAAGUUCAGGCUCCAACCGUGAUUGACACAGAAGGUGAGCUUUUGUCUGCGGUUCCAAAAAUGGUAGAUGCCAAAUACGAUUUCGUCGAGCAGGCUGCUUUGGAGAUCAGGCAGGAUACAACUGUAGAAAUGGAGGAAACCCUGUUCUGCGAUGCAGGACCAAAAUCACAGUUAGCUACAGAAAAAAUUAUUCCCACUGAGCUUAAAGUAACAACCGUGUUUGAGGUUCAACCAGGAGCAACAUCUUCUGAUAUUAUUGAUGAGAAAGCGAAAUCUGUAUCCGCGAAUCAAGUCUUGGAGGUAAUGCCAAUUGGAGUUGCAAGUAAGCCCGACUUGCUGGAGAGUACUAGUCUUAUAAGGCACCCUCAACAGCCUGAACUUAAGACAGGUAAUCUAAUAUUGGAUGAGAGCCAACAAUCUUUGGAGGUUACCAAUGUACAGAUAACCGAAAGCAGCACGGAGCUUGUUAAUAUCACUUCGAAUCAAAAUCUUUCCAAAGCCCAAGCAGUAACUGAAACUUUCAAGCAUGCCGAAGGCCUAGACGUAAUUCCCAUGGAAUCAACUAUGACUAAGCCGGCGGACAGCAAACCGAAAGUAGGAAUUGCAGAUAUAAGAAUACCGCAACGAUUCGGAACAGAUGUUAGAGAGCAGGCCCUUUUGGAAAGCAUUCAACCUAGAGAAGAGGAGGACAAGCCACAUUCACAAACAACAGAAAGCCACUUUGGUUUACUGCAACCGCUUGAAACCAUCGCAUGUGUAACUUUAGAGGGAGAAAUCAUUCUAUCCACUGAAGAGCCGCACCCAUUGCAGAGCGCUGCUAUUGGAACUUCAGCAGCCUUACAAGUGGCCAACACCACGAGACCCCAGCAUAUGGAGGCAUUGCAGAGACUAGACGAACAGAAGGAGCCUAAGCAGAAUGCACAUUUCAAUUUUGCGGAAAUCACUUUACCGAACAUUGAGGAAACCAUCUCACUUGAUGUGGUAAACGACUACAAAACACCAACGUUAAACACAACAUCUCUUAGUAGUGUAGAAAUCGUUGAGAGAACCCCAGCUUUAAAGACAACUACAGCCAUUUUAAGUGAACACACGACCGACUUAAAGGUUCAAGACAUUCCUCAGCAAGUUCACAUUAAGCCCGAACUGAGUGACUUAACCCAAAAAAUCCCUCUGUUAGAGCAAACCAAUGUUCUUGAUCAAGUCGCGGACUUAAACGACAUUUUACCCACCAAGGAAACGAGUCAAUCUUUUAUAAAUAGUUUUUUCGAGAUAAAUGUAAAAGAGACUCAAGCUCUUGAAAAGGAGGAGCUUCUUGAAGGAGUUGCCCAACCAUAUGAACAGCACAUUAAAAUAGCUUUGGACUCUCCAACGGUUGUAGGACUGAUUCGACAAGAAAAUGUCCUCGAGCAAGAGCAGGAUCUUAAAGUUCCCACAAAGCAGGCGGAACAGGGAAAACUUAUGUCUACAGAGCUCCUUCGGUUGCCUGUUACUGAAAGCAUCCAAGAAAGCCAAAGCACCGGUGAGUUGGAGGAAUUUGACGUAUUGAACAAAUUUGGUGCUUUCAAAUUAGAUCUUUUUAGUGAAACAAAAUCAACAGAAACUAUUGUGUACGACUCCGUAAAAAAAUCUUUUGAUUCAUUGCUGCCAGAUAAUAUAAAACCCCAAGAGUCUUUAGUACCCCAUGAGCAUACAAUGGUCACUGGAAGUAUUGUUUUUGAUGCGGUUGAACAUUUCGCAAACAAACCUGCCGACCAGCGCACCGCAACAAAGAUUCAGGAUAAUCUAACUCAUUCAAUAAUCGCCGAGGAUCAAACAUUUUUUGAGUCAGAAGAAACUCUUAAAGAUCAAACGAUCCCAAAUCAGAAAGCCAAACUAAUCGGGGAUGUCCAAAAUCGUUAUGGUAAGCUCGUGGGCGAAGGCACAGCCUAUGAAGCUAUGGGACAUGAAUACGAAACAGAUAAAAGUAGUGCGCAGCAAGCGGAAGUCACUCUCGAACUCGCUCAAGUUCAUGCAACCGAAAUGCAGCAAACUGUUGAAGCAGAAAUAAAACUAAAGUCUCAGGAACAACCUUUCGCAGUAGCAGCAUCCGAUAACACACCUUCGCGGCUUGGUUUGGCGGUAACUACAAAAAUUAACCCUAUAGAACAAAGUGAAAAUCUAUUAACUUCGGCACCAGACGCAAAGAUUGCUCAAACAAAAUAUGAAGGAAAGCAAUAUGAAGUUAAUGUAAAUGAAGUCUGCGCGCUAGAGAAAUCUGAAGAACUUCUAAAGGCAGGUUUGUCUCCCGUUUCCGCAGUGAAGUCUAUUGAUAUAAUGUUUAAGCCUACACCAGAGUCACAUCAGCCUAGAGUUUUCCAAAAGGAGUCAACUAUACCGUUUGUAUCCCCCCCGGCGGCUAAUGCAAAAACAGCUCUAUCUCUGCUUCAGGGUACCAAAAUAUACAAUAUGCUUGCACUAGAAUCGUCCGGUCUUAUUGAUCGAACUCAGGCUAAUGCGCAGGCGGCCCAAGAAGAAUUUGUCACUAUUGUAGAGUCAAAUAAAGUUCAGGUUCAAAUUGAUAACCUAAUACUGCAAAAGGAAGAUAUUUUGGAUAAUAUGCAAAGGGAGUAUUUCGGAAAACCUUUUAUUGAAGGCACGCAGCGGGAAACACUUAUUUCUGAAGUAGUACCACUUGAAAAUGUUAGUAAUAUUAAUCUACCCCAAGAGGCAUCUACAUAUGUAGCUAUUUUAACAACUAAUGAAAGGAUCACUCAAUCGCCAAUGGUACAAACACAAUUGCCAUUAGAACUGGAAAGUGAAGUCCAAGUUGUUUACGAUAAAAUAGCUCAAGCUAAGAUCAAAUCAGACGAAGUCAACGAAUAUACAACAGUAUCUGAAGUUAAUGCCUACGAAUUAACUAAUGUCAUUCAAGAUGAACAGAAUCAGGGCGUAAUUGUUAAGGUCUCAAGGGACGCAGACGUUAACAAGGCUCAUUUGACAACAAUACAAUCAACAUACCUAAAAGAACAAACCCUCCCCCAACUUGGCAUUAUUGAUGAUAAGGCAAAACUUUCUAGUGUUGAGCUUAUGUCUUUGGUAACCGAAGAGGUAGUCGGCAUGAGCUGUAUUCAAGAAAUACAUGAACCUCAUGAAGCAGCAAAGGAAAAAGCCAACAUAUCUCACCAAACUCCACAUGAAGCUGCAAAAGUUUGUGAGCAAUCUACAUACGAGCAUAUUCCUGAUAUUUUGUCUAAGCCGAUCGAAAAAACCUGUACAACGACUAGCACUGUAAAAACAGCUUUUAGGCCAACUGAAAGUUUAUCCGUAAAUGUUUAUGAAAAUAUUGAGGGUCAUGGUGAUUUUAAGCCAAAUAUUGCAAACCUCUUAUCAGAACCAUCUGUAACUUCUGGGUUGAAGGUUUCGGUGGUAGAAGAGGUCACGGUAAUACCAUCCUUGGACUGCCUUGCAAGCGACGUACCUGAGGGAUUGAAAGCAAAGUCAGAAACAGUUUUACACAAAAAUAUUGUUUACAAAGAGGAACAUCCUUGCGAAAGUGUAAGUCCUUUAUUGAAAGACAAGACGCAUACCAUCGAGCAGGCAAAACUGCAGACGUCUGAUAUGGGAGUUGCACCUUUAAUAAGCGAGCAAAAUGAGAAAGGAACUGUUCAGGAUAUUUUUGAGUUUCAAGCUGACAAGAAAUAUGCGCAACCGUCAAUUACCAUGCAAAGUACGUAUCUUAACCAACAAACAAUCGCACAAGAGCCAGUCGAUUUAUUAGAACUGAAGGUACAGAAGUCCCAAGAAAAUGCUAAUAUUAACUUUGAAACAAACACCUCUUUAACAGCAGAACAGCUUAACAUAUUUAGCUCAACAGCAUCUCGGGUUCAUCCUGAUACUGAAGCUACAUUACAACCAACUCUUGUAGAACGUUUCCUAAAUAAUGCUUUACAAACUACACAAUUUGUGUCAGACUCUACGUCUGAUUUUCUGCCACUGAUGUUGAAAAGUGCACACAUUGAAAUGAAAACACACGAAGAAGUACAUUCUACUACGACAGAGUCACAAGCACCAAUACACAUAUCAAAAGAUGACACUGAUAGUAUUGAGAGAAACCAGACACAGGAAGUUAUUGAGUUAGAGAGUUUAACAAAGAAGAGUUUAGAUAAAACGGUAAAAAAAAAACCGGAUACAGAACAAAGCACAGACACAAUACACACACAACAAAAGACACCAACACAAAAACCAAAAGCCCGUGAGACCGAAAUCACUGAAGCAGCAGAAGCAGUGAAAAUUAUUGAAAACAUUUCGGAAGACGGAAAAUUAAGAAAGAAGACGGUCCGAACACGUUUAAUUAAAAAGGUCAAGGGUGACAAACAAGAAGUUACCAAGAUUGAAACCGUCGAGGAGGAUGAUAAGCAACCAGAAACAACUGUCACUAUCGAAGAACUUCCAUUUGAGGAAGAAAAACCUGAAGAGAUUCAAGAAACUCCAGAGGAAGUUCGCGUGGUCGAAACGAUUACCGAGGACGGCAAGCCCAAGAAGAAGAAGAUCCGCACUCGCGUAAUCAAGAAGGUCAAGGGUGACAAACAAGAAGUUACCAAGAUUGAAACCGUCGAGGAGGAUGAUAAGCAACCAGAAACAACUGUCACUAUCGAAGAACUUCCAUUUGAGGAAGAAAAACGGGAAGAGAUUCAAGAGCUUCCAGAGGAAGUUCGCGUGGUUGAAACCAUUACCGAAGACGGCAAGCCAAAGAAGAAGAAGAUCCGCACUCGCGUAAUCAAGAAGGUCAAGGGUGACAAACAAGAAGUUACCAAGAUUGAAACCGUCGAGGAGGAUGAUAAGCAACCAGAAACAACUGUUACUAUCGAAGAACUUCCAUUUGAGGAAGAAAAACCUGAAGAGAUUCAAGAGCUUCCAGAGGAAGUUCGCGUGGUUGAAACCAUUACCGAAGACGGCAAGCCAAAGAAGAAGAAGAUCCGCACUCGCGUAAUCAAGAAGGUCAAGGGUGACAAACAAGAAGUUACCAAGAUUGAAACCGUCGAGGAGGAUGAUAAGCAACCAGAAACAACUGUCACUGUCGAAGAACUUCCAUUUGAGGAAGAAAAACGGGAAGAGAUUCAAGAGCUUCCAGAGGAAGUUCGCGUGGUUGAAACCAUUACCGAAGACGGCAAGCCAAAGAAGAAGAAGAUCCGCACUCGCGUAAUCAAGAAGGUCAAGGGUGACAAACAAGAAGUUACCAAGAUUGAAACCGUCGAGGAGGAUGAUAAGCAACCAGAAACAACUGUCACUAUCGAAGAACUUCCAUUUAAGGAAGAAAAACCUGAAGAGAUUCAAGAAACUCCAGAGGAAGUUCGCGUGGUCGAAACGAUUACCGAGGACGGCAAGCCCAAGAAGAAGAAGAUCCGCACUCGCGUAAUCAAGAAGGUCAAGGGUGACAAACAAGAAGUUACCAAGAUUGAAACCGUCGAGGAGGAUGAUAAGCAACCAGAAACAACUGUCACUAUCGAAGAACUUCCAUUUGAGGAAGAAAAACGGGAAGAGAUUCAAGAGCUUCCAGAGGAAGUUCGCGUGGUUGAAACCAUUACCGAAGACGGCAAGCCAAAGAAGAAGAAGAUCCGCACUCGCGUAAUCAAGAAGGUCAAGGGUGACAAACAAGAAGUUACCAAGAUUGAAACCGUCGAGGAGGAUGAUAAGCAACCAGAAACAACUGUUACUAUCGAAGAACUUCCAUUUGAGGAAGAAAAACCUGAAGAGAUUCAAGAGCUUCCAGAGGAAGUUCGCGUGGUUGAAACCAUUACCGAAGACGGCAAGCCAAAGAAGAAGAAGAUCCGCACUCGCGUAAUCAAGAAGGUCAAGGGUGACAAACAAGAAGUUACCAAGAUUGAAACCGUCGAGGAGGAUGAUAAGCAACCAGAAACAACUGUCACUGUCGAAGAGCUUCCAUUUGUGGUAGAAAAACCGGAAGAGAUUCAAGAGCUUCCAGAGGAAGUUCGCGUGGUUGAAACCAUUACCGAAGACGGCAAGCCCAAGAAGAAGAAGAUCCGCACUCGUGUAAUCAAGAAGGUCAAGGGUGACAAACAAGAAGUUACCAAGAUUCAAACCGUCGAGGAGGAUGAUGAGCAACCAGAAACAACUGUCACUGUCGAAGAACUUCCAUUUGAGGUAGAAAAACCGGAAAAGAUUCAAGAGCUUCCAGAGGAAGUUCGCGUGGUCGAAACUAUUACCGAGGACGGCAAGCCAAAGAAGAAGAAGAUCCGCACACGCGUUAUCAAGAAGGUUAAGGGUGACAUACAAGAAGUUACCAAAAUUGAAACCGUCGAGCAGGAUGAUAAGCAACCAGAAACAACUGUCACUGUCGAGGAACUUCCAUUUGAGGAAGAAAAACCGGAAGAGAUUAAAGAGCUUCCAGAAGAAGUUCGCGAGGUUGAAACCAUUACCGAAGACGGCAAGCCAAAUAAGAAGAAGAUCCGCACUCGCGUAAUCAAGAAAGUCAAGGGUGACAAACAAGAAGUUACCAAGAUUGAAACCGUCGAGCAGGAUGAUAAGCAACCAGAAACAACUGUAACUGUCGAGGAACUUCCAUUUGAGGAAGAAAAACCGGAAGAGAUUCAAGAACUUCCAGAGGAAGUUCGCGUGGUUGAAACCAUUACCGAAGACGGCAAGCCCAAGAAGAAGAAGAUCCGCACUCGAGUAAUCAAGAAGGUCAAGGGUAACAAACAAGAAGUUACCAAGAUUGAAACCGUCGAGGAGGACGAUAAGCAACCAGAAACAACUGUCACUGUCGAAGAACUUCCAUUUGAGGAAGAAAAACCGGAAGAGAUUCAGGAGCUUCCAGAAGAAGUUCGCGUGGUUGAAACCAUUACCGAAGACGGCAAACCAAAGAAGAAGAAGAUCCGCACUCGCGUAAUCAAGAAGGUCAAGGGUGACAAACAAGAAGUUACCAAGAUUGAAACCGUCGAGCAAGAUGAUAAACAACCAGAAACAACUGUCACUGUCGAGGAAAUUCCAUUUGAUGAAGAAAAACCGGAAGAGAUUCAAGAGCUUCCAGAGGAAGUUCGCGUGGUUGAAACUAUUACCGAAGACGGCAAGCCAAAUAAGAAGAAGAUCCGCACUCGCGUAAUAAAGAAAGUCAAGGGUGACAAACAAGAAGUUACCAAGAUUGAAACCGUCGAGCAGGAUGAUAAGCAACCAGAAACAACUGUAACUGUCGAGGAACUUCCAUUUGAGGAAGAAAAACCGGAAGAGAUUCAAGAACUUCCAGAGGAAGUUCGCGUGGUUGAAACCAUUACCGAAGACGGCAAGCCCAAGAAGAAGAAGAUCCGCACUCGUGUAAUCAAGAAGGUCAAGGGUGACAAACAAGAAGUUACCAAGAUUCAAACCGUCGAGGAGGAUGAUAAGCAGCCAGAAACAACUGUCACUGUUGAAGAACUUCUAUUUGAGGAAGAAAAACCGGAAGAGAUUCAAGAACUUCCAGAGGAAGUUCGCGUGGUUGAAACCAUUACCGAAGACGGCAAGCCCAAGAAGAAGAAGAUCCGCACUCGCGUAAUCAAGAAGGUCAAGGGUGACAAACAAGAAGUUACCAGGAUUGAAACCGUCGAGGAGGAUGAUAAGCAACCAGAAACAACUGUCACUGUCGAAGAACUUCCAUUUAAGGAAGAAAAACCAGAAGAGAUUCAAGAGCUUCCAGAGGAAGUUCGCGUGGUUGAAACCAUUACCGAAGACGGUAAGCCCAGGAAGAAAAAGAUCCGCACUCGUGUUAUCAAGAAGGUCAAGGGUGACAAACAAGAAGUUACCAAGAUUGAAACCGUCGAGGAGGAUGAUAAGCAGCCAGAAACAACUGUCACUGUCGAAGAACUUCCAUUUGAGGAAGAAAAACCGAAAGAGAUUGAAGAACUUCCAGAGGAAGUUCGCGUGGUUGAAACCAUUACCGAAGACGGCAAGCCCAAGAAGAAGAAGAUCCGCACUCGCGUAAUCAAGAAGGUCAAGGGUGACAAACAAGAAGUUACCAAGAUUGAAACCGUCGAGGAGGAUGAUAAACAACCAGAAACAACUGUCACUGUCGAAGAACUUCCAUUUGAGGAAGAAAAACCGGAAGAGAUUCAAGAACUUCCAGAGGAAGUUCGCGUGGUUGAAACCAUUACCGAAGACGGCAAGCGAAAGAAGAAGAAGUUCCGCACUCGCGUAAUCAAGAAGGUCAAGGGUGACAAACAAGAAGUUACCAAGAUUGAAACCGUCGAGGAGGAUGAUAAGCAGCCAGAAACAACUGUCACUGUUGAAGAACUACCAUUUGAGGAAGAAAAACCGGAAGAGAUUCAAGAACUUCCAGAGGAAGUUCGCGUGGUUGAAACCAUUACCGAAGACGGCAAGCCAAAUAAGAAGAAGAUCCGCACUCGCGUAAUCAAGAAGGUCAAGGGUGACAAACAAGAAGUUACCAAGAUUGAAACCGUCGAGGAGGAUGAUAAACAACCAGAAACAACUGUCACUGUCAAAGAACUUCCAUUUGAGGAAGAAAAACCGGAAGAGAUUCAAGAACUUCCAGAGGAAGUUCGCGUUGUUGAAACCAUUACCAAAGACGGCAAGCCCAAGAAGAAGAAGAUCCGCACUCGCGUAAUCAAGAAGGUCAAGGGUGACAAACAAGAAGUUACCAAGAUUGAAACCGUCGAGGAGGAUGACAAACAACCAGAAACAACUGUCACUGUCGAAGAACUUCCAUUUGAGGAAGAAAAACCGGAAGAGAUUCAAGAACUUCCAGAGGAAGUUCGCGUGGUUGAAACCAUUACCGAAGACGGCAAGCCAAAGAAGAAGAAGAUCCGAACUCGUGUAAUCAAGAAGGUGAAGGGUGACAAACAAGAAGUUACCAAGAUUGAAACCGUCCAGGAGGAUGAUAAGCAGCCAGAAACAACUGUCACUAUCGAAGAACUACCAUUUGAGGAAGAAAAACCGGAAGAGAUUCAAGAACUUCCAGAGGAAGUUCGCGUGGUAGAAACCAUUACCGAAGACGGCAAGCCCAAGAAGAAGAAGAUCCGCACUCGCGUAAUCAAGAAGUUCAAGGGUGACAAACAAGAGGUUACCAAGAUUGAAACCGUCGAGGAGGAUGAUAAGCAACCAGAAACAACUGUCACUGUCGAAGAACUUCCAUUUGAGGAAGAAAAACCUGAAGAGAUUCAGGAGCUUCCAGAGGAAGUUCGCGUGGUUAAAACCAUUACCGAAGACGGAAAGCCAAAGAAGAAGAAGAUCCGUACUCGCGUAAUCAAGAAGGUCAAGGGUGACAAACAAGAAGUUACCAAGAUUGAAACCGUCGAGGAGGAUGAUAAGCAACCGGAAACAACUGUCACUGUCGAAGAACUUCCAUUUGAGGAAGAAAAACCUGAAGAGAUUCAGGAGCUUCCAGAGGAAGUUCGCGUGGUUGAAACCAUUACCGAAAACGGAAAGCCAAAGAAGAAGAAAAUCCGCACUCGCGUUAUCAAGAAGGUCAAGGGUGACAAACAAGAAGUUACCAGGAUUGAAACCGUCGAGGAGGAUGAUAAGCAACCAGAAACAACUGUCACUGUCGAAGAACUUCCAUUUAAGGAAGAAAAACCGGAAGAGAUUCAAGAGCUUCCAGAGGAAGUUUGCGUGGUUGAAACCAUUACCGAAAACGGAAAGCCAAAGAAGAAGAAGAUCCGUACUCGCGUAAUCAAGAAGGUCAAGGGUGACAAACAAGAAGUUACCAAGAUUGAAACCGUCGAGGAGGAUGAUAAGCAACCAGAAACAACUGUCACUGUCGAAGAACUUCCAUUUGAGGAAGAAAAACCUGAAGAGAUUCAGGAGCUUCCAGAGGAAGUUCGCGUGGUUAAAACUAUUACCGAAGACGGAAAGCCAAAGAAGAAGAAGAUCCGUACUCGCGUAAUCAAGAAGGUCAAGGGUGACAAACAAGAAGUUACCAAGAUUGAAACCGUCGAGGAGGAUGAUAAGCAACCGGAAACAACUGUCACUGUCGAAGAACUUCCAUUUGAGGAAGCAAAACCUGAAGAGAUUCAAGAGCUUCCAGAGGAAGUUCGCGUGGUUGAAACCAUUACCGAAGAUGGAAAGCCAAAGAAGAAGAAGAUCUGCACUCGCGUUAUCAAGAAGGUCAAGGGUGACAAACAAGAAGUUACCAAGAUUGAAACCGUCGAGGAAGAUGAUAAGCAACCAGAAACAACUGUCACUGUCGAAGAACUUAAAUUUGAAGAAGAAAAACCGGAAGAGAUUCAAGAGCUUCCAGAGGAAGUUCGCGUGGUUGAAACCAUUACCGAAGACGGAAAGCCAAAGAAGAAGAAGAUCCGCACUCGCGUAAUCAAGAAGGUCAAGGGUGACAAACAAGAAGUUACCAAAAUUGAAACCGUCGAGGAGGAUGAUAAGCAACCGGAAACAACUGUCACUGUCGAAGAUCUUCCAUUUGAGGAAGAAAAACCUGAAGAGAUUCGAGAGCUUCCAGAGGAAUUUCGCGUGGUUGAAACCAUUACCGAAGACGGAAAGCCAAAGAAGAAGAAGAUCCGCACUCGCGUUAUCAAGAAGGUCAAGGGUGACAAACAAGAAGUUACCAAGAUUGAAACCGUCGAGGAGGAUGAUAAGCAACCAGAAACAACUGUCACUGUCGAAGAGCUUCCAUUUGAGGAAGAAAAACCUGAAGAGAUUCAGGAGCUUCCAGAGGAAGUUCGCGUGGUUGAAACCAUUACCGAAGACGGAAAGCCAAAGAAGAAGAAGAUCCGCACUCGCGUAAUCAAGAAGGUCAAGGGUGACAAACAAGAAGUUACCAAGAUUGAAACUGUCGAGGAGGAUGAUAGGCAACCAGAAACAACUGUGACUGUCGAAGAACUUCCAUUUGAGGAAGAAAAACUGGAAGAGAUUCAAGAGCUUCCAGAGGAAGUUCGCGUUGUUGAAACCAUUACCGAAGACGGCAAGCCCAAGAAGAAGAAGAUCCGCACUCGCGUAAUCAAGAAGGUCAAGGGUGACAAACAAGAAGUUACCAAGAUUGAAACCGUCGAGGAAGAUGAUAAGCAACCAGAAACAACUGUCACUGUCGAAGAACUUCCAUUUGAAGAAGAAAAACCGGAAGAGAUUCAAGAGCUUCCAGAGGAAGUUCGCGUGGUUGAAACCAUUACCGAAGACGGAAAGCCAAAGAAGAAGAAGAUCCGCACUCGCGUAAUCAAGAAGGUCAAGGGUGACAAACAAGAAGUUACCAAGAUUGAAACCGUCGAGGAGGAUGAUAAGCAACCAGAAACAACUGUCACUGUCGAAGAACUUCCAUUUGAGGAAGAAAACCCGGAAGAGAUUCAAGAGCUUCCAGAGGAAGUUCGCGUGGUUGAAACCAUUACCGAAGACGGCAAGCCAAAGAAGAAGAAGAUCCGCACUCGCGUAAUCAAGAAGGUCAAGGGUGACAAACAAGAAGUUACCAAGAUUGAAACCGUCGAGGAGGAUGAUAAGCAACCAGAAACAACUGUCACUGUCGAAGAACUUCCAUUUGAAGAAGAAAAACCGGAAGAGAUUCAAGAGUUUCCAGAGGAAGUUCGCGUGGUUGAAACCAUUACCGAAGACGGCAAGCCAAAGAAGAAGAAGAUCCGCACUCGCGUAAUCAAGAAGGUCAAGGGUGACAAACAAGAAGUUACCAAGAUUGAAACCGUCGAGGAGGACGAUAAGCAACCAGAAACAACUGUCACUGUCGAAGAACUUCCAUUUGAAGAAGUAAAACCGGAAGAGAUUCAAGAGCUUCCAGAGGAAGUUCACGUGGUUGAAACCAUUACCGAAGACGGCAAGCCCAAGAAGAAGAAGAUCCGCACUCGCGUAAUCAAGAAGGUCAAGGGUGACAAACAAGAAGUUACCAAGAUUGAAACUGUCGAGGAGGAUGAUAGGCAACCAGAAACAACUGUGACUGUCGAAGAACUUCCAUUUAAGAAAGAAAAACCGGAAGAGAUUCAAGAGCUUCCAGAGGAAGUUCGCGUGGUUGAAACCAUUACCGAAGACGACAAGCCAAAGAAGAAGAAGAUCCGCACUCGCGUAAUCAAGAAGGUCAAGGGUGACAAACAAGAAGUUACCAAGAUUGAAACCGUCGAGGAGGAUGAUAAGUCACCAGAAACAACUGUCACUAUCGAAGAACUUCCAUUUGAGGAAGAAAAACGGGAAGAGAUUCAAGAGCUUCCAGAGGAAGUUCGCGUGGUUGAAACCAUUACCGAAGACGGCAAGCCAAAGAAGAAGAAGAUCCGCACUCGCGUAAUCAAGAAGGUCAAGGGUGACAAUCAAGAAGUUACCAAGAUUGAAACCGUCGAGGAGGAUGAUAAGCAACCCGAAACAAUUGUCACUGUCGAAGAACUUCCAUUUGAGGAAGAAAAACCGGAAGAGAUUCAAGAGCUUCCAGAGGAAGUUCGCGUGGUUGAAACCAUUACCGAAGACGGCAAGCCAAAGAAGAAGAAGAUCCGCACUCGCGUAAUCAAGAAGGUCAAGGGUGACAAACAAGAAGUUACCAAGAUUGAAACCGUCGAGGAGGAUGAUAAGCAACCCGAAACAACUGUCACUGUCGAAGAACUUCCAUUUGAGGAAGAAAAACCGGAAAAGAUUCAAGAGCUUCCAGAGGAAGUUCGCGUGGUUGAAACCAUUACCGAAGACGGCAAGCCAAAGAAGAAGAAGAUCCGCACUCGCGUAAUCAAGAAGGUCAAGGGUGACAAACAAGAAGUUACCAAGAUUGAAACCGUCGAGGAGGAUGAUAAGCAACCCGAAACAACUGUCACUGUCGAAGAACUUCCAUUUGAGGAAGCAAAACCUGAAGAGAUUCAAGAGCUUCCAGAGGAAGUUCGCGUGGUUGAAACCAUUACCGAAGACGGCAAGUCAAAGAAGAAGAAGAUCCGCACUCGUGUUAUCAAGAAGGUCAAGGGUGACAGACAAGAGGUUACCAAGAUUGAAACUGUUGAGGAGGAUGAUAAGCAACCAGAAACAACUGUUACUGUCGAAGAACUUCCAUUUGAGGAAGAAAAACCAGAAGAGAUUCAAGAGCUUCCAGAGGAAGUUCGCGUGGUUGAAACCAUUACCGAAGACGGCAAGCCCAGGAAGAAGAAGAUCCGCACUCGUGUCAUCAAGAAGGUCAAGGGUGACAAACAAGAAGUUACCAAGAUUGAAACCGUCGAGUCGGAUGAUAAGCAACCAGAAACAACUGUCACUGUCGAAGAACUCCCAUUUGAAGAAGAAAAACCGGAAGAGAUUCAAGAGCUUCCAGAGGAAGUUCGCGUGGUUGAAACCAUUACCGAAGACGGCAAGCCCAGGAAGAAGAAGAUCCACACUCGUAUCAUCAAGAAGGUCAAGGGUGACAAACAAGAAGUUACCAAGAUUGAAACCGUCGAGGAGGAUGAUAAGUCACCAGAAACAACUGUCACUAUCAAAGAACUUCCAUUUGAGGAAGAAAAACGGGAAGAGAUUCAAGAGCUUCCAGAGGAAGUUCGCGUGGUUGAAACCAUUACCGAAGACGGCAAGCCCAGGAAGAAGAAGAUCCGCACUCGUGUCAUCAAGAAGGUCAAGGGUGACAAACAAGAAGUUACCAAGAUUGAAACCGUCGAGGAGGAUGAUAAGCAACCAGAAACAAAUGUCACUGUCGAAGAACUUCCAUUUGAGGAAGAAAAACCGGAAGAGAUUCAAGAACUUCCAGAGGAAGUUCGCGUGGUUGAAACCAUUACCGAAGACGGCAAGCCCAAGAAGAAGAAGAUCCGCACUCGCGUAAUCAAGAAGGUCAAGGGUGACAAACAAGAAGUUACCAAGAUUGAAACCGUCGAGGAGGAUGAUAAGCAACCAGAAACAACUGUCACUGUCGAAGAACUUCCAUUUGAGGAAGAAAAACCGGAAGAGAUUCAAGAACUUCCAGAGGAAGUUCGCGUGGUUGAAACCAUUACCGAAGACAGAAAGCCAAAGAAGAAGAAGAUCCGCACUCGCGUAAUCAAGAAGGUCAAGGGUGACAAACAAGAAGUUACCAAGAUUGAAACCGUCGAGGAGGAUGAUAAGCAACCAGAAACAACUGUGACUGUCGAAGAACUUCCAUUUGAGGAAGAAAAACCGGAAGAGAUUCAAGAACUUCCAGAGGAAGUUCGCGUGGUUGAAACCAUUACCGAAGACAGAAAGCCAAAGAAGAAGAAGAUCCGCACUCGCGUUCUCAAGAAGGUCAAGGGUGACAAACAAGAAAUCACCAAGAUUGAAACCGUCGAGGAGGAUGAUAAGCAACCAGAAACAACUGUCACUGUCGAAGAACUGCCAUUUGAGGAAGAAAAACCGGAAGAGAUUCAAGAACUUCCAGAGGAAGUUCGCGUGGUUGAAACCAUUACCGAAGACAGAAAGCCAAAGAAGAAGAAGAUCCGCACUCGCGUAAUCAAGAAGGUCAAGGGUAACAAACAAGAAGUUACCAAGAUUGAAACCGUCGAGGAGGAUGAUAAGCAACCCGAAACAACUGUCACUGUCGAGGAACUUCCAUUUGAAAAAGAAAAACCGGAAGAGAUUCAAGAGCUUCCAGAGGAAGUUCGCGUGGUUGAAACCAUUGCCGAAGACGGCAAGCCAAAGAAGAAGAAGAUCCGAACUCGCGUAAUCAAGAAGGUCAAGGGUGACAAACAAGAAGUUACCAAGAUUGAAACCGUCGAGGAGGAUGAUAAGCAACCAGAAACAACUGUCACUGUCGAAGAACUUCCAUUUGAAGAAGAAAAACCGGAAGAGAUUCAAGAGCUUCCAGAGGAAGUUCGUGUGGUUGAAACCAUUACCGAAGACGGCAAGCCCAAGAAGAAGAAGAUCCGCACUCGCGUAAUCAAGAAGGUCAAGGGUGACAAACAAGAAGUUACCAAGAUUGAAACCGUCGAGGAGGAUGAUAAGCAACCAGAAACAACUGUCACUGUCGAAGAACUUCCAUUUGAGGAAGAAAAACCGGAAGAGAUUCAAGAACUUCCAGAGGAAGUUCGCGUGGUUGAAACCAUUACCGAAGACAGAAAGCCAAAGAAGAAGAAGAUCCGCACUCGCGUAAUCAAGAAGGUCAAGGGUGACAAACAAGAAGUUACCAAGAUUGAAACCGUCGAGGAGGAUGAUAAGCAACCAGAAACAACUGUGACUGUCGAAGAACUUCCAUUUGAGGAAGAAAACCCGGAAGAGAUUCAAGAGCUUCCAGAGGAAGUUCGCGUGGUUGAAACCAUUACCGAAGACGGCAAGCCAAAGAAGAAGAAGAUCCGCACUCGCGUUAUCAAGAAGGUCAAGGGUGACAAACAAGAAAUCACCAAGAUUGAAACCGUCGAGGAGGAUGAUAAGCAACACGAAACAACUGUCACUGUCGAAGAACUUCCAUUUGAGGAAGAAAAACCGGAAGAGAUUCAAGAGCUUCCAGAGGAAGUUCGUGUGGUUGAAACCAUUACCGAAGACGGCAAGUCCAAGAAGAAGAAGAUCCGCACUCGUGUAAUCAAGAAGGUCAAGGGAGACAGACAAGAGGUUACCAAGAUUGAAACUGUUGAGGAGGAUGAUAAGCAACCAGAAACAACUGUCACUGUCGAAGAACUUCCAUUUGAGGAAGAACAACCUGAAGAGAUCCAAGAGCUUCCAGAGGAAGUUCGAGUUGUUGAAACAAUUACCGAAGACGGCAAGCCAAAGAAGAAGAAGAUCCGCACUCGCGUAAUCAAGAAGGUCAAGGGUGACAAACAAGAAGUUACCAAGAUUGAAACCGUCGAUGAGGAUGAUAAGCAACCCGAAACAAAUGUCACUGUCGAAGAACUUCCAUUUGAGGAAGAAAAACCGGAAGAGAUUCAAGAACUUCCAGAGGAAGUUCGCGUGGUUGAAACCAUUACCGAAGACGGAAAGCCAAAGAAGAAGAAAAUCCGCACUCGCGUAAUCAAGAAGGUCAAGGGUGACAGACAAGAGGUUACCAAGAUUGAAACUGUUGAGGAGGAUGAUAAGCAACCAGAAACAACUGUCACUGUCGAAGAACUUCCAUUUGAGGAAGAAAAACCUGAAGAGAUUCAAGAGCUUCCAGAGGAAGUUCGCGUGAUUGAAACCAUUACCGAAGACGGCAAGCCAAAGAAGAAGAAGAUCCGCACUCGCGUAAUCAAGAAGGUCAAGGGUGACAAACAAGAGGUUACCAAGAUUGAAACCGUCGAGGAGGACGAUAAGCAGCCAGAAACAACUGUCACUGUCGAAGAACUUCCAUUUGAGGAAGAAAAACCUGAAGAGAUUCAAGAGCUUCCAGAGGAAGUUCGCGUGGUUGAAACCAUUACCGAAGACGGCAAGCCAAAGAAGAAGAAAAUCCGCACUCGCGUAAUCAAGAAGGUCAAGGGUGACAGACAAGAGGUUACCAAGAUUGAAACUGUUGAGGAGGAUGAUAAGCAACCAGAAACAACUGUCACUGUCGAAGAACUUCCAUUUGAGGAAGAAAAACCUGAAGAGAUUCAAGAGCUUCCAGAGGAAGUUCGCGUGGUUGAAACCAUUACCGAAGACGGCAAGCCAAAGAAGAAGAAGAUCCGCACUCGCGUAAUCAAGAAGGUCAAGGGUGACAAACAAGAAGUUACCAAGAUUGAAACCGUCGAGGAGGAUGAUAAGCAACCCGAAACAACUGUCACUGUCGAAGAACUUCCAUUUGAGGAAGAAAAACCGGAAGAGAUUCAAGAACUUCCAGAGGAAGUUCGCGUGGUUGAAACCAUUACCGAAGACGGAAAGCCAAAGAAGAAGAAAAUCCGCACUCGCGUAAUCAAGAAGGUCAAGGGUGACAGACAAGAGGUUACCAAGAUUGAAACUGUUGAGGAGGAUGAUAAGCAACCAGAAACAACUGUCACUGUCGAAGAACUUCCAUUUGAGGAAGAAAAACCUGAAGAGAUUCAAGAGCUUCCAGAGGAAGUUCGCGUGGUUGAAACCAUUACCGAAGACGGCAAGCCAAAGAAGAAGAAGAUCCGCACUCGCGUAAUCAAGAAAGUCAAGGGUGACAAACAAGAAGUUACCAAGAUUGAAACCGUCGAGGAGGAUGAUAAGCAACCAGAAACAACUGUCUCUGUCGAAGAACUUCCAUUUGAGGAAGAAAAACCUGAAGAGAUUCAAGAGCUUCCAGAGGAAGUUCGCGUGAUUGAAACCAUUACCGAAGACGGCAAGCCAAUGAAGAAGAAGAUCCGCACUCGCGUAAUCAAGAAGGUCAAGGGUGACAAACAAGAAGUUACCAAGAUUGAAACCGUCGAGGAGGAUGAUAAGCAACCAGAAACAACUGUCUCUGUCGAAGAACUUCCAUUUGAGGAAGAAAAACCGGAAGAGAUUCAGGAGCUUCCAGAGGAAGUUCGCGUGAUUGAAACCAUUACCGAAGACGGCAAGCCAAAGAAGAAGAAGAUCCGCACUCGCGUAAUCAAGAAGGUCAAGGGUGACAAACAAGAGGUUACCAAGAUUGAAACCGUCGAGGAGGACGAUAAGCAGCCAGAAACAACUGUCACUGUCGAAGAACUUCCAUUUGAGGAAGAAAAACCUGAAGAGAUUCAAGAGCUUCCAGAGGAAGUUCGCGUGGUUGAAACCAUUACCGAAGACGGCAAGCCAAAGAAGAAGAAGAUCCGCACUCGCGUAAUCAAGAAGGUCAAGGGUGACAAACAAGAAGUUACCAAGAUUGAAACCGUCGAGGAGGAUGAUAAGCAACCCGAAACAACUGUCACUGUCGAAGAACUUCCAUUUGAGGAAGAAAAACGGGAAGAGAUUCAAGAGCUUCCAGAGGAAGUUCGCGGGGUUGAAACCAUUACCGAAGACGGCAAGCCAAAGAAGAAGAAGAUCCGCACUCGCGAAAUCAAGAAGGUCAAGGGUGACAAACAAGAGGUUACCAAGAUUGAAACUGUUGAGGAGGAUGAUAAGCAACCAGAAACAACUGUCACUGUCGAAGAACUUCCAUUUGAGGAAGAAAAACCUGAAGAGAUUCAAGAGCUUCCAGAGGAAGUUCGCGUGGUUGAAACCAUUACAGAAGACGGCAAGCCAAAGAAGAAGAAGAUCCGCACUCGCGUUUUCAAGAAGGUCAAGGGUGACAAACAAGAAGUUACCAAGAUUGAAACCGUCGAGGAGGAUGAUAAGCAACCAGAAACAACUGUCACUGUCGAAGAACUUCCAUUUGAGGAAGAAAAACCUGAAGAGAUUCAAGAGCUUCCAGAGGAAGUUCGCGUGGUUGAAACCAUUACCGAAGACGGCAAGCCAAAGAAGAAGAAGAUCCGCACUCGCGUAAUCAAGAAGGUCAAGGGUGACAAACAAGAAGUUACCAAGAUUGAAACUGUCGAGGAGGACGAAAAGAAACCGGAAACCACGGUAACUGUCGAAGAAUUUUCACUUUUGGAAGAAAAGCCGGAGGAGAUUGAAGAGCUUCCGGAGGACGUGCGUUUCGUUGAAACCAUCAACGAAGAAGGCAAGCCUACGCAGAAAAAGAUUCGUACCCGCGUUAUUAAGAAGGUUAAGGGCGAUAAACAAGAAGUAACAAAGAUCGAAACCGUUGAGGAAGACGACAAGAAUCCGGAAACAACUGUUACUGUCGAAGAAUCAGAUUUAAACACUUCUGGUGUAGGAAAAGUUAGGCUGAAGAAAAGAGUUGUUGUACAAAAACCUGAAAACGAAGUUACAGUAUUUGAGUUGCCUGAGCGAAAAUCGGUUAUACUUUCAGAAAAGGAAGAUGGUACUUCUACAAAAACUGUUAUUAAAACAAGAAUCAUCAAAAAGAUUCAAGGCCCGAACAUGGAAGUGACAAAGGUUCAAACCAUCGAGGAAUAUGAAAAGGCUCCACAAACUAAAGUAUGGGUUGAGAAGUUUGAGUUGCCAUUCCCGGAACUUCCCGAAGAGAAGGUUUCUGAAGUUGUCGUUUUGCCUGACGAAGUGCUUGAGUCUGAAACUUUUGAUGAAGAAGGACUUCCAAAGAGAAUUAAAACCAAGAAGCGUGUUAUUAAAAAGCCGGCACUUGGUAACACCGAAGAAGUUACUGAAAUUGGAAUUAUUGAACAAGACAAUACUGAGCCCAUUUAUUCAAUAUCGAUUAAAGAGCAACCUUUAACAGAUUCGAAACCGGACGACAGUAAGCUAGUUGAGUUGCCUGAACAAGUGACAGAGUUAGAAGUGGUUUUACCUGACGGCACAAAAAAGAAAAAGACCGUUAAGUCCAGAGCUUUUAAGAAGAACAUCGACGAAGAUCUUGAUGAAGUAACAACUGUUCAUAUAAUAGAGGAGGAAAAUAAGGAGCCACUAACUACAGUAAAAAUAGAGGUUGUGCCUUCUGAUGAGACCUCUAUUAUGCCCAUACCCAUAGAGGAACUCCCUGAGGAAACUGUGUUCACCGAAGAAUUAGACGAAAAUAAAAAGCCAAAGAAAAAGACUACAAAAACGCGAACAUUUAAAAAACCAGGUCCAGAUGACGACGAAUAUUUCCAAAUUCAAACGAUUGAAGAAGAGGGCAAGGAACCCUACUCCCUUAUACGAGUUGUGAGCGAUGAAAAUAUUGCUGAUAUAAUAGAUAUAAGUAAACUUGAUGAUGAAAAGGUUGCCAAACACAAACAAAAGCCUGACAAGCAGAGGGUGGAGAAAUCAAAGGCGGAUAACACAGAAACGGAACACCCAGUUUACAUCACGACAUUUAAAUCUGUACAAAACGAAGAUGGAGAGACAACCAUACAAACUGAAAACAAACGAGUUUCUCAGGAGGAAGGCAUCGUUGUUGAGGAAGUCCUCAGCGAUUCAGAACUCAUUCCAGAAGACACAACACAAUCACACCUUGAAAUUAUUGAAGUCAGCGAGCCAACAGACCAAUACAACAAAGAGUACACAAUCACUGAACCUGAAGAGGCAAGCGCGGACACCCAACAGAAACCGGCUAAAGACAAAAAACCAAAACAGAAAAAGACACUAGGAACUUCUAUUGAGGAAGUUGACGAGACUAUUAUUGAUGAAGAGGGUACAGGGGAAAAGACUGACAAGACAGUUAAGAAACAAAAGCCAAAGAAGGUUGAAGGUAAGGUUGAGGAGGUUAACGCUGAUUUGAAAACAUUUGAAACGAAUGAAAAGCCAAAGAAAAAGAAAGUGGUGAAAACGAAACGGGAUGAAAUGGACGAUUACAUUCAAUUCCUCAUUCACCAAGAAAUUCCAAAAACUGUACUUCAAGGGUACAAACGUACGGAAAUGGAACUUCCUCAAAGGGCUCGUCGUGACUCGUAUUUUAAACAACCCGCAAAGCUCACUCCUAUGAAAAUCGAGAAAGUUGAGUUUAAAAAGCCUAAAAUGAUUGAAAUAAGUUCGGUGGUAGAGUUCCCACAAAUGCUUAAGCUUAAAGCUCCUAAGCAGCGACCUCAGGAGGAGAAAAAGAAAAAGAACGAAGCAUCUUUUAAGAACAAAAAAUUAAAGAGCUGGAUUAGGUUUAUACCAUAUGCACCAUACUGCUUUCCAUAUGUGGUAACCGAAUUGGAAACUAAUCGGGAAACCGGUGAAUUUUCACGCAAUGUUGAAGAAGCGGAAAAGAUUUUGAAAUUGCGCCCAAGAAAAUUCAAGCAUUCGAAACCCGAGAAGGCAGAACUUGAAGAAGCCGAUCUAGGCGAACUCGAAUCUGAAAACGCAGAACCAUCUGAUGAGGACCAAUCCAAGACAAAGUACAAACGCCCUAAAAAGUUGAAGGAAGAUAAUUUUGAAGAAUCUAGGAAACUAAAGCUUGGAAAAGGUAAAAUUUCCCAAAAUGUUGAGCCGGUGGAAGAGGUUCAUUUGAAGCCGGUUAGUCUAGUUAUCAAAGAGGAAGAAGUUGUCGUUAAGCCAGCUAAAACAGAAGAAGAGAAAGUAAUCAAACAAAAGAAGACCAAUAAGGCCGACAAGCCUGACGAAGGACUUCAGUUUGAACCGAUUGAAUUUGACGAUCUUGAAAGUACCUCUGAACUUCCAGAAGAGUCAGACACAUCUCUAGCUGAGGAAAAUCCUGCACAGCAAAAGUCCAAAUACAAGAGAAAAAAGAAGCCGACUCCUACGCCAGAGACGAAGCAGUUCGAAAUUACUCCCGGAAAGCCAAAAAAACUUGGAGAAGCCCCAGAAGAUAACCUCAAAUUACGCAGGCGACAGGAAGAUAAACCUGAUCAUGAAACGGAAGAGGUUAAGCUUAAACCAUUUUACAAGUUCGAGGUGCUAGAAUUCGACGCUGAAGAUGUCCCAGAGAUGUCUCCUGCCAGUGAAGAACUUGCUAAGAUACCAAAGAAAAAGCGCAAGCUUAAGCUUAAGACUGAACAAGAAGAAAACACCAUUGAAAUAAUUGAAAUUUCUUCCAAUGAUUCCGAUGACAAAAUCUAUGAAGUUACAGUUACAAGCUCUGAAAUUGUUCAAGAUGAUCAAAAACCAAACAAAAUACUUAAAAAGAAGAUCAAGCGAAUGAACAAAAAGGAGUUGGAUGAUUUUGUCACAGAGUUAAAAGAAGAGCAAGAUCAGAAUUUCUAUGAGACGAGCAUGCAAGAUUUUUAUGAGGUAAAACUGACCGAAUUGCCGUCAGAAGGGGAAAAACCUAAGAGCCGAAGAAUUCGACAUAAAACGGGAGAUGAUGUGGAAGUUUUGGAAAUUUUCGAAACGGUUGCCGCUCCCGGUGAAGAGCCUCUCUAUGAAGUUGUUGUAACUUCUACUGAAACGAAGGACGAAGAAGAUGGCACAGUACAAACUGAAAAACCCAAAAAGAAAACAAGGAAAAUGAAAAAGAAUGAGCUUGAUGCCUAUAUUCAGCAACUUAUAAACGCCGAGAUUCCAAUAACAAAAUUGGAAAAAUAUGAGAAAAUUGAUGUCGAUGGCAAACCGAAAAAACCCAGAAAGCAAAAGGCAAAGUUGGAAAAACCAAUUUCGGAUGAAGGCGAAACUCUUCUAGUUGGAGUCACAGAGCAUGAACCAACGGAAAAACCCAAAACUAAGAAACCAAAGUCAAAGAAAACUAUAAAGGUAGAAGAAUCGGUUGAAACCGAGCUAGUUCCUGAUUUUGAUGAAUUCCUUAUCAAAAAGAUUGACUCGGAUCGUACUCCAGAGCAAUAUACUGAACAAACAGAAGAAAUCUUACCGACUUUAGAUGAAAUCCUAGAAGAAUUAGGUGAAAGCCUACUCGUAGUCGUCGUUGAGGAAGAUUUUGAGUCAGUUUCAUUAGCCCCUGAAGUAAUUUAUUCAGGAGAUGAGAAAGUAGUAAAGAAACGCAAGGUCAAAACUAGAAAGGGUUCGAAACAUUAUGAAAUUGAAAUAAUUGAAACCGAUGCAUUAGGCGAUAAGCCAGAUGAAGCAAAGGUAAUUGUUGUGACUACUGAAAUUUCUGAAGAUACAACGGAUGGACCCGCUCUGCGUAAGCCCGAAGCACCAAAGCAAUCCGUCAAAAAGGUUAAAAAGGAGAAGCUUAAGGAGUACAUUGUCAAUAUAGUCGAGGAAGCCCCAAUAGAACACAUGACUCAUAUUUCAGAGGAUAUUAUAACUGCUCCUGCCACAAAAAGCCCAGUGGAAGAAAAUACUUCUUCCUUUACAAGUACAGUGGUAGAAGAAGAAACAGUUAAACCUUUAAUACCCGAAAACGAGAAACCUGAAGAUGCUGUGGUCGUGCCAGAGACAAAGAAAAAUAAAACUGGUAAGCAAAAGAAGGUUAAAAUAUCCGAAACAGAACCCUCUCCGGCUGCUGAAGAUUCGGAGAUAUCAGAAUUUACAACGAAGAUCUCAGAAUCUGAUGAUAUUCCCCAAACGAUUGAAUAUUCGUUGGAAGUAAAAGACAGUUCGCCCAAGUCCAAAAAGAAAACGGCGAAGAAACCGAAGCCGGACUCUCUAGCUGAACCUAUAUCCCAAUAUACCAUUCGUUUUGAGGAGCUGACUCCGGGCACUGUUACGGAAAAAAUUACAAAUGAAGAAGGCAAGGAAGUUGAACGAGUCAUUGUUAAACGUAAACUAAAAAAGAAGGAGGGACCGAAAGAAUAUCUAAUAGAAGUGGUUGAAACCUAUGAAGAAAAUAGUCCUGAAGCAGAAAUUGUGAUCCAGACCACUGAAAUAAUGCCAUCAAUUGACUCCAAGCCUCAAGAAGAACACAAGAUACAGAUUGUGAAGAAAAAGAAACCAAGGUCCGAAAGCUUGGACAAUUAUAUUUAUGAACUGGUAGAUCAAGAAGUGCACACAACAGAUCAUAAAGAAUAUGAAGUAACUGAAUUGGAGACAUCUCCCGAGGUAAAGAAGCCUAAGAAAAUCAAAAAACAUCACAAGAAAUACACCGAGAUCAUCGACGGCAUUCCGAUUACUGUAUACGAGGUAAAAGUACAAGAGUUCGAGUCUGAUCAAGAAGAUUUCAAGCCUGAAGAGGUCAUUUUAGAGGAAAUUAAUCGAGAAGAUACAGAGGAAGCUCCGAAGGAUCUGAAAAUAAAUGUCUGUGAGGAUAAGCCUAAGCCAAAAACGAAAAAAUCGGUUAAGGCAAUGAUCGUAGAUGAAGAGCAGCCGAAAUCUGUUAUUAAAGAUAUUUCGGAGGUUGUCGAAGUUAUACAAGUUGCGGAAGAAGAUGGUUUACCAAAACAGGUUGAAAUUAAGAAAAAGAAGGUUUCCCGUAAGCAAGGACCAAAGGAACAAAUCUUUGAAAUCACCGAGACAAAAACUAGUGAUGAACCUUUAUCUGAGGUAACUAUUGUUGAGAUUACAGAGAAGCAACCUGAGGAAGGAGCACAAGAAGUAGAAGAGAAGAAACCAAUUAAAAAAUCAAAGAAAUUGAAACCUGAAGAUGUUAAGAAAUAUGUGAUCAAUGUUUUAGAAGAAAUCACUGAACCCAUUCGAUUUGAGAAUCUUGAAGAGGACAAAGAGGACAAACCACUUCCAGUGCUUACAAAUAUUUCGGAGGUGGUAGAAGUUGUGCAAGUCACUAUACAAGAUGGCACACCAAAACAGGUUGAAACUAAGAAAAAGAAGGUUUCUCGCAGACAAGGUCCGACGGAAAAAAUCUUUGAAAUCACCGAGACAAAAGCCAGCGAUGAACCUCUAACAGAAGUAAGAAUCGUUGAUAUUACAGACGAACAGCUUCAGGAAGUGGUUCCCAAAAUUGAAGAGAGGAAACCAAUUAAAAAAUCGAAGAAAUUGAAACCUGAAGAUGUUAAGAACUAUGUAAUAAACGUUUUAGAAGAGUUCACUGAACCCAUUCGAAUCGAGCAAAUUAAAGAGGAGGAGGAGGACAAGCAACAGCCAAUUAUUACAGAAAUUUCAGAGAUUGUGGAAGUUGUGCAAGUUACUGAGGAUAAUGGUGUAACUAAGCAGGUUGAAGUUAAGAAGAAAAAGAUUUCUCGCAAACAAGGUCCAAAGGAGCAAAUCUUUGAAAUAACUGAGACAAAAUCUAGCGAUGAACCUUUAGCUGAAGUUAAAAUCGUUGAGGUUACUGAUGAACAGACUGAGGAAGACAGUCCCCUACAUAAGGAACAAAAAUCAAUUAAAAAACCGAAAAAACUGAAGCCUGAAGAUGUCAAAAGCUAUGUAGUUAAUGUACUGGAAGAGUUCAACGAACCUCAAAGGAUUGAAGAAGCUGAGCAACCAGUCAUUACAGAAAUUGCAGCGUCCGUGGAAGUUGUACAAGUUUCUGAAAACGAUGGUGUAACCAAGCAGGUUGAAGUCAAGAAGAAGAAGGUUUCCCGCAAACAAGGUCCGAAACAACAAAUCUUUGAAAUAACCGAGACAAAAUCUAGCGAUGAACCUUUGGCUGAAGUUGAAAUCGUUGAGGUUAUAGAUGAACAGCCCAAAGAAGAAAUUUCUUUACCAAAGGAAAAGAAACCAAUUAAAAAACCGAAAAAACUUAUGCCUGAAAACGUCGAAAGCUAUGUAGUUAACGUUUUAGAGGAAUAUAGUGAGCCACAGCAGUUUGAAGGGAGGGAGUUCACCGAUAAAGAAGAACCAUAUAAGACAAAGAUUAAAUCCAAGAAGCCAAAGAAGUCGACCGAAAGUCCACUUGAAAAAACGAUCCAUAUUGAAGAAAUGGCUCCUGAAACUAUUAUAGAGAAUAUAGUAAACGAAAAGGGAGAGGAAGUAAAACAAGUUAAGACAACAAAGAAGCUUAAGAAAACGGAAGGUCCUAGGGAGUAUCUCAUUGAAAUAACGGAAACAUAUCAAGAAAACAAUCCAGAGGCCGACAUUGAAUUUACUACAACAGAGUUGCCUUCCGAGGACUCACCAGAUGUCGCUCCUGUCCAGGUUCUUCAAAAGGUGAAGAAGAAGAAGCCUGUUAAGGACGAUCUUGACAAAUACAUACAACAGUUAAUCGAACAGGAAAUCACCAAAACACCUCUAGAAGAAUACGAGCCGACAGACAUGGAUGCCAAGCCUAAGCAACCCAAGAAAAAAGUUAAGACUCACCACAAAAAAACAAUUGAAGAUGUUGAUGGCCUUCCCGUUACCAUUCACGAGUUUGAUGUCGAAGAAAUCGUACCCGUCUCCGAGGAUCUGAAAAUACCAGAGAAUUCAUUAGAUAAAGUCGAGGAAGUUCUACAACAGCAAGAUGAUUCUUCAAAACACCUCGUAAACAUUUCUGAAGAAUUUGUUAAGUCAGAUCUGCCCAUCGAAACGACUCCUGAGGAAGAACAGGAAACCAUUAAGAAGGAGAAACCACUGAAAAAGAAGAAGAUUGUUGAGACUCCCGCUCCAUUGGAAGAAAUUAAACAAUCUGUAGAGGUCGUUGCGCAACCCACUGAGGGGGGAACUGUAAAAGAAGUAACUGUGAAGAAACGCAAGGUAUCGCGUAAAAAGGGUUCUAAGGAGCAUAUUUUCGAAAUUACAGAAACAACAAGUGAAGAUCAGCCUAUAACUGAAGUUACUGUAGUUGAGUUGACCAGCGAUGAUGUCUUAGUUUCUGAAGAAAAGCCAAAACCUGAGAAGAAACCCGUUAAGAAGCCAAAACAAUUAAAGAAAGACGAAGUUGAGGAAUACAUCAUAAAUAUCAUUGAAGAAUUUAUACAACCGACUCCAUUCGACACACUUGAAACUGAAAUAGAAGUUAUCGAGAAAAAGCCUAAAAAAUCACAAAAAUCUCCAAAAACUUACACAGUGACUGAAGAAGAACACACUGAUAGCAAGGUUCCCGAUGUUGUUGAGGAAGAUUUAGAGCAACCGAUUGAAUCCGUUCCUGAAGAGCUAGCAGAAACAGUUGAAUACGGCAUUCGUGUCAAAGAAGAAACGAUGGCUGAUGAACAGACAAAACCUAAACCCAAAAAGAAAACCAAGUCUACUCCAGUUAAACAACCUGUUUUGGAGGAAAGCCAAGACUAUCUUGUUAAGGUAAAAUCCGAAGAGAACUUGAGGGAGGAGUCGAUUCCUGAGCACGAGGCAGUUGUGAUUGAAGAUGUAGAUGUUCAACCGUCGGAGGAACCGGCUUUCCAGGUAGAAGAAAUCGAAACCAAGGCAGUGGAAGAGGAAGUAAUCGACGACAAGGGCGAAACGGCUAAGCAAACUGUAACUAGACGAAAAAUCAAGAAACAGGUUGGUCCCAAGGAAGAAAUUAUCGAAAUUGUGGAAACCAAAACCGGAGAUACUCCAGAGUACGAAGUCAUUGUAACCACAGAAGAAGCUAAAACUGCUAGCGAAGAAGCUCCUCAGGAGGAAAAGCCAAAGAAGGUUCGCAAAGUUAAAAACGUUCCGAAAGAAGAUCUUCAUGACUAUAUUCAGAAGCUUAUUGAGCAGGACAUACCGAAAACCGAACUGGAAAAAUACGAAAAGAUCGAUAUUGACGAACCUGUCAAAAUGAAGAAAAAGCCCAUCAAAAAGCUCAAGCAAUCUGAGGAGAAGCCGGUAGAAGACAUUGAAGAGCCGAUUGACAAUAAGCCUGUAGGGGAGAUUUCGAAAAUGUCUGAAGUUGAAAAGGACGAACCCAAGCUUACGUUUACCAUCAAGGAAUUCAUUCCAGAACAUUCUGAAGAAAAGCCUUUUGAAAUAGUUGUUUUCGAAGAAACUGUAGAAACCAAGCAGAUACCUGACGAAACGGUAACAGUAAAGGAAAAGGUGAUUAAGACUAAAAAGAUAAUGCAGAAAAAGGGUCCAGAAGAAAUAGUUCACGACAUAGUUGAAGUAACUGAUAAGGAUACAAACGAAUCUGAAAUAACUGUCACUACCACCACUCCGAAGGAAACGCCUGAUCAGGAACAGCUUGUUGUUAAACAGAAACGCUCUAAGAAGAUUAAGAAAGAGGAAGUAGAAGAAUUCAUCAAAUCAGUAAUUGAGGAGGAGGUACCAAGGUCGAUUGAACCCGAGGCCGAUGUGACUGUUAUCCAGGAAUCCAUUUCUAAACCAAUUUCUGAGAAGGCAAAGAAAAAGCCAAAGAAAGAAAAGCAGCAUUCCGUUGAGGAACAAACGCCAGAAGACAAAGAAGUUUCUGUAAAGGAGACUGUUCCGGAAGAUUCUCGAGUUAGCGAUGAUCUCAUAACUGUCGAAGAAUCGACUCCAAGCAGAGAUGAACCCGAACAUAAAAUUACAGAGGCUGAUGAGGCAAAGAAACCCGAAAAGAAGAAAACUCCAAAGGCUUCAAUUAAAAUUCAUGAAGAACAACCUGUAGCAGACGCGGUCGAAAAGACUUUCGAAGUUGAACAAAAGGAAUCUGAUAUAGAAAAACCAGAUGUUAAGGAAUUCACAGUUUCUACAAAGGAAGACGAGAAAAUUGAACUUAAGCCUGAAAAGAAGAAAACUGCUAAAAUAUUACCUGAAAAGGUAGGCCAACCUUCUGAGGAUAAAUUUGAAAUUUCUGUUAAGGAAAGUGUUUUAGAACCUGAAGAAGAACAGCCGUUCACAGUUCAAGUGAUUGAAUGCGAAACAAAGGUCGAAGAAACUAAAGAUGACACGGGGGAAAUUCAUAAAAAGGUUACUACCAAACGCAAAUUAAAACGACCUGAUGGUGUGGGUGAAAUAGAGAUUAUUGAAGUUGUCAGGGAUGAUCAGCCUGAGUCGGAAAUAACAAUUGUGGAAUACGAACCAGAACCCGUUAAGCAGGACGAUAAGCCCAAGGAACCCAAAAAGAAAACCAAAAAGGUUAAGAAGGAUGACAUACAUGACUACAUACAAAAACUAAUCGACAUGGAAACGCCCAAGACAGAGCUUGAAAAGUAUGAGAAAAUGGAAUUUGAGCCAUCAAUCAAAGACAAGCCGUUAGAUAAUCUGAUAGAUGUCGUGGACGAAUCGCCUUCUCAAAAGCCCAAGAAAGAAAAGAAAACCAAGACCAAAGGAGUCCCGAUAGAGGAAAGUCCUGCUCCGGAACAGUUAGCAGAGGUCAAAGUGAUCGAUGAAGAAGCUCCUAAACAACCUUCAACACCAGUUGAAAUUGAAGAAGUUCAACCUGUAGAGGUACAAACUCAAGAAAUUGUUUCUGAAAAAGGCAAGCCCGUACAGGAAAAGACCACCAAGCGAGUUUUGAAAAAGAAAGGACCUCAAGAAGAAACGACGUUCAAGAUCACAACUAUUGAAAGCGAGGACAACGAUUCAGUUACUGUUAUAGUUGAUGAAGAACCAGAGGUAGCUCCAGUACAGACCAUUGAAGAACAACCAGAACAGGCUGAAGAAAAACCUAAGCCAAAGCCUAAAAAAACAGUAAGGAAGGUUAAAAAGGACGACUUGGACGAUUACGUAAAGAAAUUAAUUGAGGAAGAAAUUCCGAAGGUAGAGCUUGAAAAGUAUGAAAAGGUAGAAAUGCCAGAGAAAGUUGACAAACCAGCUUCUCCCGAAAUUGCUCCGGAAGUGGUAAAAUAUGAGACCACUGAACCAAUAACAACAGUGGAAGACUUAACCAAACCAAAGAAAACCAAGACUUCAAGGCAAAAGACAGUAGUCGCAGACGAACAAAUACCAGACUUACCGACAGAGACCAUUUUAGACACUACUGACACAGCAGAGAUCACACCAACCCAAAUUGCACAACCCGAGGACACAGCCACUGCACAAAUUACACCAAGCGCACAAGAAGAGAAACCUUCUCCAGAUGACACUAAAGAUACAAUUCAGAAAACAGUUAAACAUAAGAAAACAAAACCAGACACACAAAAAAGCGUUGAAACAAGUGAACUACCAGAGGUUCAAAAAGACUAUCAAAUAAGCAUCAUUCACGAAGAGCCUGUCGAGGAGGAGCAACCACAAAAGAUUUUGGAAGUCCGAGUCAUCGAUGAAGUCGCCGAGGUUGAGGAAUCACAGCCCAUAGUCGAAGAAAUUGAAGAGGAGGAGGAACAACCCGUCACAGAAGAAACUGCUGAGGAUGUCACCAAGCCAAAGACUAAAAAGAAAAAGAUUGUCAAAAAGAAGACAGAUGACCAUGACGAACUCAUCAGAAAGAUGUUGGAGCAGGAAAUCGAGAAGACGGAACUGGAGAAAUACGAGAAAAUUGAUUUCGAUGUUCCAAAAAAACUCAAACCCGAAUUCGCAACUCUUGAGCCAAUGAAAAUCGAACGCAAGGAACAGAAGCCGACAAAGGUUACAGUUGUGGACGCUACUGAUGUUCCCAAAACAGUGAAGCUUAAGCCCGGUAAACGUAAGGAAAAGCCAGUCGAGGAACAGACUGUUCAACUACCUAAGUUCAGACUUAAAGCCCGCAUGGUCAUGGUAGAAUAUCCUCCAGCUCCGCUUAUUCCGAAAAUCACCGAUAUCGGCGCCAUCAAAGAUAAUGGUGACCUAUCUCGUAACAUCGAAGAGGCUGAAGAAGUUCUCAAGUUCAAACCGCAUAAAACCAAAAAAAUUAAGAAAAUUAAGGAUGACCUUGAAAAGGUGGAGCUCGAAAAAUACGAAAAAUAUGUAAGUAGCGAAGAAGAACCUGAAGAAAAAGCACCGUAUAAGAAACCUGAAAAGGCGCCAAAGCCCGAAGAAAAACAAGAGGAAGUGAAGCUUAAGCUGGGCAAGGGUAAGAAGAAACCAAAAGAAGAAGAUGAGCCAGAAAAUGUAACCCUUAAAAAGAUUCCACAAAAGCCACAAGAAGUUGAGGAAGUGGUUGGAGUCAAAUCAAAACCGAGAGAAGUUGUUGUUGUUGAGGAACAACCAAAGCAGCCCAAGGAGGGAGAGUUUAUUGUGGAGCCAUUCGAGCCAACUGAAUUUGAUCGUCCUGAAUAUAUUCCCGAAGAGCUUGAGCCAAUCGAACACCCAGAAAAGCAUGAGAAGCCCAAGAAGCCCUCUAAGACUAAGUACAAGUCCAAAGAUAAGGCAAAGCCUGAACCUGAAACAAUAAUUUCUGAGAUCGUUCCUGGAGUUCCAAAGAAAGAAGAGGAAGUACCUGAACUGGAAGUCAAGUUCCGAAUUCCCGAAAGAGAGGCUCCAGAAGAGACGGACUCAGAAAUUAAACUACGUCCUGUCCCUCAGACUCCUGAGACUGAAGAACCUGUCAAGCAAGCGCUGGUGAAGCCCAAGGCAGAGGAACCCCAGCCCGAAGAAACUCAGGUUAAGUCUGACGACGAGGAAAAGAAACCGAAGAAAUCAAAGGCAAAGAAGGUUCAGCCAAAAGAGGAAGAGAUCCCAGAGCAAAAGCCAGAAGAAUUUGUAAUAGCUAUAACCGAGGAAGAAGCUUUAGGAGAAAAACCCGUGGAAAUCGAAAAGCCAAAAGAAGUUAAGGUUAAACAAAAGAAACCCAAAGAAGCACCUGUAUCGGAAGUGGUAGUGGCCGAAGAAGUUCCACAACCCGAAGAAGUGCCUGAGGAAAUACCCGUGGAGUACAAGAUAACAACCACAGUUUUGGAACCAGAGGAGGCACCGAAGGAACAUCAAGUCCGAGUCAUUGAUUUCGAUGAGCGCAAAGAAACUACCGAGGAAAUAAUUGAAGAAAAGGUGGUGACGCGCAAGAAGAAACCAAAGCCCCAGCAGCCGGAAGAGUUUGAGGUCACUCUAAAGGAGCCAAAGGAAGAGCAGGUGCAGCCCGAAGAAGUUUCGGUUGAACUCUCGCUGCCAGUUGAGCAACCCGAACAGAAGCCAGAAGAGUUUGAGGUUGAACUAAAACUUACUGAGCCCACCCCAGAGGAGCCGGUUGAGCAAGAAAUCGCAGUCAAGGAAAAGACUAAAAAGAAACCUGUGAAAGAAGUCAAAGAGGAUAAGAUAAUAGUGGUGGAGGAAGAAGAAAAGGUCCAACCGGUUGAGGAGACACAUGUGGAGGUCGAAAAACAAGAAGAAAAGAAGAAGACAAAGAAGUCCAAAUCCUAUGAGUUCAAAAUUACAGAAACCGAUGCUGUGGAAGAGAAACCAGCUGAAGUUUUUGAAGAAAUUCCUGAGCAAAUUCCAGAGAUUGUACAAGAAAAGGUCGUCGAGAAGUUUGAUACUUAUGAAAUCUCGAUAAAGGAAACUGAGGCAGAAAAGGUGAUUGCAGUUGAGGAACAACCCGAGGAAGAUAUUCCUGAAGAGGUUGUUUUAAAGAAAAAGCCAAAGGAACCAGAGGCAGUUGAGGCCGAUUUUGUACUGACUGAACCAAAGGUUACAGAGGAAACGACCGUGGAAACUUCAAUCAAGCAGAAGAAGACCAAAAAGCCAAAGAAGACCGAAGAAGAAGCUCAAUUAGAAAUCAAGGUUGUCGAGACCGAAGCCCCUGUUCCCGAGGAGGUGAAUAUAGAAGCUCCCAAGACUGAGAUUGUGGAGGAAAAGGAAAUUGAUGUCGAAGAAAAGCCAGAUGAGUUCACGAUUCGCGUAACCGAAACUGAGGCCAAGCCCGAAGAACCAAGUGAGGCGCAGUUUACAGUGAAAAAACGGAAACCUUCUGUUACUUUCGCAGACGAGCCAGCAACUGAAAUCAUUCUGAAGGAGAGUAAACCCGUUGAAGAAGUUACUGAGGAAGCCCUAGUCAAGACCAAGAAGCCCAAAAAGAAGGUAAAGGAUAUGGAGGCUGAAGAACUAAAGAUAAAGAUUACUGAGGAGAUUCCUCAGGACGUGCCAAUAAUUGAGGAAGUCGAGGAGGAAGAGGUGGUUACAGUAGUGAAAGAAGAAUUGCCGGUGGUUGAAGAAAAGACAUACAGAAUUGGCGUUAAGGAGACAAUUCCGGAAAAGCCUGCCGAAGUGGUUAUCGAGGAAGAACCGGUUGUAGCUGAGCCAAUUGUGGAAGAACCGCAACCUGAAAUCUUCGAAGAACAUAAGGUUAGAGUCAUUGAGGAAACUCCCCGUGAGUUGGUCGAGGAAGUCAUCGAAGAAGAGGUCAAGGUUAUUCGCAAAAAGAAGCCUAAGCCAGAAGUUAAGGAGGAACCAGAGGCGGAAGUAACUGUUUCUGCUCCAAAGCCUGUUGAAGAAGUGGAAGCAACUACCAGUAUUGCUGUUGUUCCAGAACAAUCGACCGAAGAGGAGGCCGCUGAUCUCAAGAUAACAAUCAUUGAAGAAGUAGCACCUAAACAAGAACUUGUCCAGGAGAUUGAAGAAAUUGAAAUCGUUGAAGAACCAGAAGCUCCACAAGAAAAACCAGAGGAUUUCAGCUUUGCCAUCAAAGAGGCUGAAAGGGAGCCAACCGUUGAAGAGUUGCCCGAAGAACAGGUGACGAUCCAGAAAAAGAAAAAGAAGGCUCCAGUAGCCGAGGUGGUCGAAGAACCCGAAGCUGAGUUCUCAAUUAAGCCGAAGCAGCCAGUACAAGAAGUUUCUGAGGAAGCCAAGAUUAAGAAGAAGCCCAAAAAGCCUGUGAGCGUAGAAGAGGCAGCUGCUGAACUUAAGGUUACUCUCACUGAAGAAGUUCCUGCAGAACCAGUGGUCGAAGAAGUCAUUGAGGAAAUCGAGGAAGUCCCAAAAGAAAAGCCCACUGAGUACAAAAUUGGCGUCAAAGAAACUGAACCAGAAGCUCCUAAGGAAGAAGAAGUCCGCUUACCAAAAAAGAAACCAAUUGCUGCUCAGGUGGUCGAAGAGCCAGAGGCUGAAGUUACUUUGAAACCAAAGCCAAAGGUGGAAGAAGUUCAGGAAGAGGCAAAGCUAGUAAAGAAAAAGCCAAAGAAGCCUGUCGAAGAAGUUGCUGCCGAGGAGCUUACGGUUAAGGUUGAAGAAGAAGUUAUCCCAGAGCCGAUCGUUGAGGAAGAGAUUAUUGAAGAAGUCCAGAUUAAAAAGAAGCCCAAAAAGUCUGAGCCAGAGGACAUUGUCGAUGCUGCGGUUGUGAAACUAAAGAAGACAGAACCUUUAGAAGAAGAAGUGGUGGCUGAAGUCACACUGAAGCCCAAGGCACCAAAGGAGGUGACCGAAGAAGAAUUUUCCGUGGAUGUCAAACUACCAAAGGAAAAAACGGUUACCGAGGAAACUUCCGACCAAACAGUACAACUUAAGAAGAAGAAACCGCAAAAACCGGUGGAAGAAGCUGCGGACGAGCUCAAGCUACAGAAGACUGUAGUCGAAGAAAGACCGGUAGAAAUUGAAGAAGAAGAGAUCGUUGAAGAAGCAGUCGUUAUUCGCAGAAAACCCAAGAAACCCAUAGAGCCAACGGUUGAAGAUCUCGAAGAAACUGAGUUCAGUCUCUCCUUCAAAAAGCCCCACACUAUUAAUGAGGGUGUGGAGGAGGCUGCUACCGUGCUGAAAAAACGACCAGUCAAACCCACCACUCUGGACGAAGCUGCCGCUGAGCUUUCUAUCAAGCGGCAAGAGGAGGAAUACGAAGAGGGCGAGGAUAUUGAAGAGUUUGUUGUCAGUCAGCGACCCAAGCCAAAGCCUCUGCAGAUCACAGAAGAAGAUGAAGAGGCCUACACGGUGAAGAAACUUAAGCGCCGAAAGCAGGUAGACAUUCCCGAAUACGCAGACGUUGAGAACGUCACAUUCCGAGCAAAAACUACCAAGACCAAGGAAGAUGUCGACCAGGAGUUUAACAUUGCGCUGGACUCGUAUGCAGAAGAGGAAAUUUCGAUGUCUGGAAAGGUUAAGCUUAAGAAGCCGAUUAAGAAAACCUUCUCUGAAGCAGCCGAUGAAGCCAGAAUAAGGAUCAUUCAGGACUAUGACGAUGGCGAAGAGCCCAUCAUCGAAGAAAUUCGAGACGAUGAGGAUACCAUCGAUGAAGUCGAGGAACCCGAAGAAUAUUUCGUUGAAGAAUUGCCACCAGAUGAAGUGGACUUCAAGCUAAAGCCUAAGAAACAGCAGAAGCCAGUCUACUCUGUUCAAGAUGAGGAGGAAGAACAGUUCCUGAUUGGUAUUCGACAUCCGAAACGCGAUUCGGUGACAUACGAUGAGGAUUCUCUCACCUUUAAGAAGAAGCGUAAAGUUGUCCAUCAACUUUUCAAUGAAGAUGGAGCUUCGCUAAAUAUAACCAGAGAAAUGAACGUUGAAGAAUCCGAAAAUGUCAACGUAAUGUAUUCGAUCUGCAAUUACAUUGCCGAUAACGACGAGGCCAUAAACCUUGUUGAGGGUGAGAAGGUAACUGUCAUUGGACGUCACAGCUCUGAGUGGUGGUAUGUCAAGAAGAGUAUCACAGAAGAGGAAGGCUGGGUCCCAGCUCAAUAUCUGAUGGAGCCCGAGGAAUAUGCGCAGUAUGUGCAAAACAAAUUGCACGAGAAAAUCGAUAAGCUGCCUGUGUUCGAACGUCCUGGACCGGAAGACAAGCCCGUUGCUCCCAGAUUCAUUGAGAAACUGCAGCCGAUUCAUACUCCUGACGGCUACACGGUACAGUUUGAGUGCAAGGUCGAGGGCAAUCCGCGACCACAGAUCGCCUGGUUCCGCGAAACUGCCAUUAUCAAGCCCUCACAGGACUUCCAAAUGUUCUACGAUGACGACAAUGUCGCCACAUUGAUCAUUCGUGAGGUGUUCCCCGAGGAUGCUGGUCAGUUCACAGUUGUGGCAAAAAAUGCAGCAGGAUUUACAUCCAGCACAACUGAACUGAUUGUGGAGAGUCCACUUUCUGAUCACGGCUCCGAUGCCACAGCCCUCUCACGCCGAAGCAUGUCGCGUGAAUCGUCGCUGGCUGAUAUUUUGGAGGGCAUUCCACCGACAUUCUCCAAAAAGCCAAAGGCUCAGUAUGUGGACGAAAAUACGAACGUGAUUCUGGAGUGCCGUCUGGUGGCCGUACCAGAACCGGAUAUUGUCUGGACCUUUAACGGCGUGGACAUUGACGAGGAGGAAAUCAAGAACGUUCGCAUCGUCACGGAAUCAGACAUGCAUAUGUAUUGCAGUGUGGUGCACAUCACCAAGGUGAAAAAAUCGCAGGAAGGCAUUUACGAGGUGAUAGCCACGAAUCGCGAAGGCGAGGCGCGUCUGCCCAUUACCCUAAAGGUGCGAACCACCGACAAGGAGGCCCCGCAAAUUUUGGAACCCUUACGCAACAUGGUCAUACGCGAAGGCGAGAGUGUGGUACUUUCCACACAGAUUGUUGGUAAUCCACCACCUAAGGUAACCUGGUACAAGGAUGGCAAGCCCGUUAAGAAUGCCAAGUCCGAUAAGGACUUGCAUUCCCUAACACUGAUCACACCCAAGAAGUCUGAGAAGGGUGAAUACACGGUCAAGGCUGUUAAUCCCUUGGGUAGUGUAGAGACUACUGCAAAUCUAACAAUUGAAGAACCCACAAGCGGCAACGCCGAACCACCACUCUUCGUGGAACGCUUCGAGGAACAAAAUGUACCGCAAAAGGGCGAGAUUCAUUUGCCAGCCAAGGUUUCCGGAAAUCCCGUGCCCGAGGUCCAAUGGCUGUUUAACAACACUCCAUUGUUCCCCAGCGAACGCAUCCAGCAGGUUUAUGAUGGCGAAAAUAUUGAGCUUAUCAUCAAGGAUGCCAAUCCAGAAACCGAUUCUGGUGACUACAAGUGCAUUGCCAGUAAUCCAAUUGGCAAAACUUCGCAUGGUGCCCGUGUGAUUGUCGAGGUGGAUGAAGUGACCUUCACUAAGAAACUGAAGAAGACCAUCACCAUUGAGGAGGUGCAAUCUCUAACCCUGGAAUGCGAGACCUCUCACGUGGUCACGACCAAGUGGUUCUUCAAUGGAAAGGAACUCAGCGGCAUGGAUCAUCGGGUUGUGGUUGAGGAUGGUAAAACGCAUAAGCUGGUGAUCAGAAACACGAAUCUACGUGACUCUGGUACCUAUACAUGCAAGGUCAAAAAGCAAGAAACUCAAUCCACUGUCGAGGUUCUGCAGCGUAAGCCCGAUUUUAUCAAGGUGCUGGAGGACUACGAGGUAACCGAAAAGGAUACCGCCAUUUUAGAUGUAGAACUUACCACCGAGUCCACUGAGGUUACCUGGUACAAGGAUGGCGAGAAGAUCACGCCAGAAAACAAGAACGUCGAGUUCAUCAAGGAUGGCAAAGCACGUCGCCUGGUUAUUCGCGAUACCACUAUCCAUGAUGAAGGUCAGUACACAUGCAAGAUCGAGGGUCAAGAGUGCAGUUGUGAGCUGGUCGUAAUCGAGCUGCCGCCAGAGAUUGUUGAGCCGCUAAAGGACGUUUCCGUGACCAAGGGUGAGAAUGCCAUUUUCGAGAUUGAACUCAGCAAGGGUGACGCCCUGGUCAAAUGGUUCAAGAACGGCAAGGAGAUUGUGUUCGAUGAGCGCGUUCAGCUGGCCAUCGAUGGCAAGAAGCAAUCGCUGCGCAUUGUCAAGGCCAAGCCCGAAGAUAUGGGCGAAUACUCCGUCCAGGUGGGCGACAAAACGUCAAAGGGCAAACUGACGGUAGAGGAGCCACUUGUUGACUUUGUCAUUCGCUUGCCGGAUGUCACUCUGGCCACCAAGACCACAGAUGCCGAGUUUACCGUGCAGCUGUCUCAGCCCGAUGUCGAGGUGACCUGGUGCAAGAAGGGCAAACCCAUUAAGCCCAACAAGAAGCACGAGGUCUUUGUCGAGGGCACUGUCAGACGACUGGUUAUCCACGAUGCUAGCGACGACGAUGCCGGUGAGAUCAGCUGCGUGGCCGAGAACGUCACCAGCAGUACUAAGCUGUGCGUCGAGGAGCUCAAACUGCCACCCGUCAUUACCUCCGACAAGGAUCAGACCAUUAAAGUUAAGGAGAACGAUGAUGCCACCUUCACUGUCAAGUACACAGGCGUACCAACGCCCGAGGCCGUUUGGACCACGCGCAAGGUUGUCAUACCCAAGUCAAAGCGCACAAUCCCAGCCAUCGAUGAGCAGUCGGCCACGCUAACCAUCAAAAAGGUCGUCGACGAUGAUGAGGGAGAGUACACCGUCAAGCUCGUCAACCCGGUUGGCGAAGCGGAGGCCAGCCUACAUUUGGUCAUAAUGCGCAAACCGACGGCACCUGGCACUCCCCAACCUCUGGAGAUAAUGCACGACUCCAUUACGCUUUACUGGAAGGCGCCGGAGGACGAUGGCAAGUCAGAAAUAAUCGAGUACAUUCUGGAAUAUCACGAUGUUAAGGAAGAAAAAUGGACUGAAAUUAGAAAAAUCAAGGACACAACGUACACCAUUAGCAAACUCAAGAUCGACACGGAAUACGUAUUCCGAUCGAUAGCUGUAAACGAGGUGGGACCUUCACCACCCUCGCCGCUGUCGCCACCCAUCCGCCUGGUGCCCAAGGUCGAGACCGAGGCACCCAGCGUGCGGGAACCACUGCAGGAUGUGGUCAGCGAACUGGACAAGGAAGUGACCCUGUCCUGCGUGUUUGGCGGCAUUCCAGAGCCAAAGGUGACGUGGAAGAAGAACGGCCAGGUGUUCGAAUCAAGCAGCUUACGCUAUGAGAACCGUGUGGCCAAAUACAUUAUUGAAAAGACAAACAUUGAGACUGAAGCUACCUACACUUGCGUGGCGACCAAUGAGAAGGGCUCCGUGGAGACCUCGUGCCGCCUGAAACUGCAGCAAAAGCCCGUCCUCGAGGUGGAGGACAAGUAUUUGACUCAGAAACUGCGCACGGGCAGCACUCUCACCAUUCCAGCGACGGUUCGCGGCUAUCCACAACCCACUGUGACUUGGCACAAGGAGACGGUUGAGCAGAAGACCACAAAGACGGUCACCAUCGAGACCACAGAGAUUACUUCCACCUAUACGGUAAAGAAGGUCACCCGCGAACAAUCCGGCAGGUACAAGGUUACGGCCACCAAUGAAUCCGGCUCUACGUAUGUGGAGUGCACGGUUCAAGUGAUCGACAAGCCCAGCAGACCUCAGUCCCUGGAGAUCAAGGACAUAAAGAAGGACUCUAUCACCCUGGAGUGGACACCGCCCAUUGAUGAUGGCGGUCUGGAGAUUAACAAGUAUACGUUGGAGAAGUGCGACGUCCAGAACAAUGUCUGGAUGAAGGUUUCUGACUUUGACAAAGACAUCAAAUCGUAUGCGGUUCAAAAACUAUCUAUGAAUGCGCAAUACAUGUUCCGUGUAGUAGCCGCUAAUCCCAUUGGCGAGUCUGAGCCAACGGAAAGUGACCCUGUGACCAUAACAAAGAAAUUCGAAAAACCAUCGCCCCCACGUGGUCCAACCACUGUUUCGGGCAUGAACGAUACGUCCUUCAACUUGGCCUGGGAACCAUCGGAGAACGAUGGCGGCUCUAAGAUUUUAGAGUACAUUGUGGAAAUAAGGGAAGAGACUGAAACCACCUAUAGAUCGGUAGGCGUAACCCUAGGCACUGUCACCAACAUCCAUGUCGAAAAGGUGGUUAGAAACAAGGGCUACCUGUUCCGCAUCUAUGCAAGAAAUGAGGUUGGCACCAGCGAGGCGUUCGAGACCACGGAAAAGAUUGUUGUGGGCCGCAAGAUAACGCCGCCGUCGCCACCUCAGAACCUGAGGGCACCGGAUGUCACCAGUCGAAGUGUCACUUUGGAUUGGGAGGUGCCUGCCCGCAAUGGUGGAUCAGAAAUCACAGGCUACUGCGUGGAGAAACGUUCCUCAACAUCUACCACCUGGACAAAGGUCAUUACACUGGACGCCCACCAGCUGCACUACACGAUUGACAACCUGAAGGAGAAGUGCGAGUACUGGUUCCGUGUGUCUGCGGAGAAUGAGGUUGGAUUAGGUGCACCAGCCGUCACCGAGAGCAUAUCGCUCAAGACACAUGCCACCGUACCCUCACCACCGACCGCUCCACUGGAGGCGCGCGUUCUUGCCGCCAAUGCCCACAUAUUCGAAUGGGGUAUACCCGAGUCAGAUGGAGGUGCGCCUCUGCUCGGCUACCACAUUGCUAUUAGGGACAUGAAGAAGACCAUGUGGAUCGAGGUGGGUCGUGUGCCAGCUGGCGUCCAGAAAUUCCAGAUCAGAGAUCUGCAGGAGAACCACGAGUACAUGAUUCGCAUAUUCGCGAAGAACGAGAUUGGUCUAAGUGAACCUCUGGAAUCGGAGGAGCCAUACAAGGUCAUGACUGCUGGUCAUGAGAGCCUGCCGGACGAGCCGCGAACGGAGAUGAGUUCGUGCAACACCUCCUCGUGGCUGCGUGACCACAACAUGGAUGCUGAUAUUCAUUCGUAUGCUCGCGGCAGGCUGCUUCAACGCGAUGAGUACUUCUUUAGGCUGUGGGCGGAUUUGCCCAAGAGCAAAAAGAAGAAGAGCUCCAAAUAGUCGGUAAAAACGACAACGAAAUAAGAAACACUUUAGUCGUAGGUUAAGCAUAUACUAUUUCAAUUGUAUUUUAUAUAAAACAAAAACAAAUGGGGUGUAACUCCCUGUUUGAUUUUCUAGCUUUUUGUACUUUAGUAGAGAUGACGAUGUAAGGAUGGUGUAAUGUUAAUCGCAUCCCAUUGUUAGCGAUGCCCACGACGCCCGAUCAAAGAGUGCGAGCGAAGAAUAAACUUAAUGCUCGGGUGCGUGGGCAUGGCUCGAUGUUCUGGAUGGCCAUUACAUCAUCCAAUUAAUGGACAUAAUUUUAGAUUUUUCAUUUGCAUAGAGUUCCUUUUUUUUUGGUUUUACAAUAUUGUUUUACUUUCGCCUUAUUUUUGUAAGCUGUGAUAAAUCUAUCAAAAUCGAAAGCGUCAAACGAAGCAACAAAAAAUGAAACAGAGAAUGAAAAUGCCACCAAGUGGCGGUCCAUCGGCAUCGGGCAAUGGGAGCCAACGAGCCGCAGCCCUCAAAAUACCAUCACAAUCCCAAUCCCAGCCAGCGUAACUCAAUAUCGUCUCUCGGGAGACAAAACAACAAAUGGUGCAAUUCGAUAUGAGUUAUUUCUGGGGAGUGUUGCGAGUCGCUGGCAGCCGUUGCCUUUGUCCUGAAUUCGCUCUGGUUGAAAUUUAUGGCAUAGGAAUAUGAGAGAGGUUAUACUCGUGUGUCUUUAAAGUUACCAGAAGUAAAUAAAUAAAUAAAAUAAAUAA